AUGAUAAAGACGGGUCUCCUUAAUGUUAAACAGGUGUGUUAGUUGAUCAGUCAAUGCAAGUAUUUACCUAUUGUUUAUCUUCUCUCAUAUGCUGGAAUUUUGGAUUUGCUUUUGAUUUUUGGCUGAAUGACCUCCAACAUCAUGUGCCUGAGUUUUUUCGCUUUGCGUUCUAGCGUUUAUGGAGAAUUGAUACUAUCGUCUUCCUUAAAGGAGCCGUGUCACGAAACUCAGCCAAAUUAGAAAAUUACAAAAUGCCCUUUAAAUUAAGAGAAACAUAAAAAUAACCGCUUAAAACUUUAAAGGAAGGUUAAUAUAACAUAACAGAAACAACAGAUGCCACGGAUGGGCAAAACUGAAGAAGAUUGAAACGGAUUGAAAUUAGGGUUUUUGAAAACUGUUCAGCCUAACAGUUUUUCAAAGUUGAUCCCUGCUGCUUGCAACUUCAAAAAUAAUGCUCAGGAGACAUAUUUGUUUGUCUCGGAUCUCUGAUUUUGUCAUUUACAUGUAAUUUCCUUGCUUGCUUUAAGUUCCAUAGCGAUUGAGGGCGAGUAAUUGGCAAAAUUAAACAAAAUGAACGGGACUGCCGUGACACAGCCCCUUUAAAUGAAAUCAGCUUCCUUCUUAAAUAAGCCCCUCCCUCUAUAUACUGCCUUUUAAAAGUAUAAUUAAAAUGUUUGUUAUUCAAAGUUUUGUGAAUAGAGAAGUGUUAAAGGCUGUCUUGGUGUGAUAAUUCUAUGACAGGCAGCACUUGAUGUAUUAACUGGAUUGUUACCUUGGACUGGACUACCCAAUAUACCUGUGCUGGAUCAGUUUGUCAAGUGCCUGUGUUCUUUACUAGAGCUACUCGUGUCUGUUGCUGAAAGGUUACCAGCACAUGGAAGGUACUGGUAACAUCAUUGUAGCAUGACUUACGAUCUUGUAAAGGUCUUGAAUUUUACUAGUCGUCUCGAAAAGUCCUUAAAUUCGGUUUAGGUCCUUAAAAAGUACUUAAUUUCUUUAUUAGGUCUUAAGCAGUCAUUGAAAUUCACAAUCUUGUCUACGCCAGACACCGUUUUCUAUAAAAUUACAUUAUUUUGCCAAGGAAUAUUUGGCUCAUACUUGGUGUAAGAACCUGUAAAACUCACCGGUAGCGUGAAAACAUUUUUGUGCAUGAGCGAUAUUUUAUUUAUGUUUCUUUUUUUCAAGUGCUAUUUCUGUACCUCAGAUGCAAUUGCAAGUCAUACCCAGUCAUUUUGCAAAGCUCUUGUUGUGGAAAGUAGUAUAAAAUAAUAUGAUCAACGAUGGCCGAAGAAUUAAAAGUCAUAAAUGACUCCAUGACGUGUUUUAGCCAAUAGGGUGAUCGUAGGGGGGUAAAGAAUGCUUAUUUACUGAAUAAAUCUUAGUCCUUAAAAACUGUAAUUUGGCCUUAAAAAAUCCUUGAAAAUUCCUUGAUAUUUGAUUGCUGAGGUUGUAUGAACCGUGCUUACAUUUACGACUACCUUUCUUGAUGUCCUGUUUUUUUUAGUUCUUUUAUGGAUACGAUAGAAAGUGGCUGGGAAAUACGUUUGUUUUAACAAGGUUAUGUGAUAUCGGGGUUCUUGUUUUACUCAUUUGUCUAUGAUACAGCUGUAAUUUGUGAGGAGAAUUUUGUUGGUUAUAGUUGGGUCCACAGUACCGCUCAAUAGUAAGUUACCAGUCGCGUCCCGUUUCCUGUGCGACGAACGAGAAUCGCCAUCACGUGCUACGAGGAUCGCGCCCUGCGCUACAGGAAUCGCGUAGUGCGCGACGCGAUUCGGAUCUCGUGAGAAGGUAGUAACUUACUUUUGUGCAGUACUAUAAUUUCUGGUGUUGCGUUGGUCUUAUACACUGUCUGUCAUUAAUACAAUGUCAUUUUCACUUUUUAAAAACAUUCAUUUUCUGCAGAGAAAAAGUCCCUGGGCUAGAGAUUAGUCUUGCAAAGUGCCUUGAUGUCCUCUCUGGUGGAAAAAAAGAGCCAAGUUGUCAUAAAAGCUCAACAGAACAGCCCACUCUUUAUUCUUUUCCUGGAGCAUAUGUCAACAAUUUCCUCCUUUCAUUCAGGAAAACUCUCUGUAAUGGCGGUCUGCAUCUGUUUGUUACCCAAGAAAUGAAGGUAGUGUACAACCACAGGAAUUUUAACCAAGUAACUGCAGUUAUGACAUUCUGUUUUUCAAUUAUCUUGCUCUAGUGAUCAGUGGUUCUGAACCCAAACAUACCGUAAAAUUCCAAAAAUAAGCCCCGGGGCAUAUAUUUUUCAAAGGCCCUUUUUGAGGGGCUUAUUUUUGGAGGGGCUUAUCUACGGAGCGAAAAUUGGCGUUUCAAAAUCGAUUGGGCUAGCCUUAUUAUUGCAAGUAAAUUUACCGUUUUUGCUUUGUUUUACUUUGUAUUUGAGGGCAAUUUUCCAAGUACAAGCCCCCGGGGGCUUAUUUAUUAUUUGGAGACAAUUUGAGACAAUUUUGAAAUGUCACUAGUGGUAUUUUUGCAAUUAUAUCAUGUACAAAUCAUGCUAUUAUUUGUUUACACUACUACCCGGAAAGGUUUUGUAAUUUUCACAUGUAGUUAUUUCAAAUUAAGCUGAAAUACCACUGCUCUUAGCCAAUCAAAUGAAAGAAAUUUCUCAUGUAGUAGUAUGAUGUCACAGAAUAUUUUCUUUCUUAUGUGUUGCUCUAGGCAGCAGUAUGCCGGUUUGUUGCCCAUAUCUACAGGUGCAUUCCAGUGAGCACUGGAGGCGCAAAUGCUCCUUUAUCACGGUACAGCAUUAAAGAUGAAAUAAAUGAAAGGCUGGCCAGCUAUAUAGGCGUGGAACAUGAGCAGCAGGUAACUAUAAAAUGGAUUUAUCACAAACCUAAAGGCAAUUAGCCAAUUGUUGCCUAUUCACAUUGUAUUCGUAGUGUAAUAACAAGUGUCAGCUAUCUAAUCACGAGAGAAUGGUGCGAGACCACAUGAGCUGGCUCUUUCAUGAGUCCAUUUAAACCCAUCCACACCAUUGUCAUACGUUUAAACAGUCAAAGACAACCUCUUAACGCAUAAUGUUAGCAGGCGAACGAGAUCCUUACCCAGAUGUUGUACCCAGACCUUUUUCGUUUAUAGAUAACCUUAGAUGGACUUCAUCUAAGUAUGGAUGUCAACACUAACUAAAGAAAAAAUUGAGGACGUUGUUUUACAUUGUGUGUGUAUGUCUCCAACUUGAGAUAGGCUUGUUGCGUUUUUCCUGGUCAAUCAAUCCACAUGAAGGUCUACUAGAGCUGUUUAGGGGAUUCAGUUACUUUAACUACCCGUUUGAAUGGACAUGGUGUUGGAAACCGAGAAAUCCCACUCUGGAAACCACCUGCGCUGCAUGUAACCUUGUUGUCUCAGAAUUAGCAGUAUGCAUAACGUAGUAUUAAUCUUCAUUAUCCAAAUCAUUUAUUUUAACAGUGGACACAAUGAUAAGUCAAGUAUGGUGUUAAUUCGCUAAGAUUUUCCUUUUCCUUUGCAGUUCUUAGUGGGCUGUUUGUAUGUGGCUGUCAAUGAUGAAAAAGCCAACAAGAAAACUCCACUGCUCACCAAGGUAUAAAUACAAACAAACAAGUUUUUUAAGUAAAUGUACAUGUACAUAGCAAGCUUGAAUAUAUAAUACAGUGUAGCUGUCAUCAUUUCCGAUUUGAUGCUUCCAUCCAAGGUUUACCCCCAACGCCUUGAGUCAUGAUUGGUAACUGGUUAAAAAUUUGCAGAGUCAGGGAAGUCUUUAUUGCUUCACAAAUGCCGUAUUUCCUCAAAAUAAUAAUAGCCGUCCCUCGAUUAACCCUUUGUUGACGGCCGGCGACUAGCAAAAAAUCCCACAUUUUUCACCAAUUCCUAUGUUUUGGACUGGUUUUCGGCUAAUUAGGAUGAGAAUGGCUAAAAUUAAGUUUGCAGAAAAAGACAUUUUCUCUGACUAAUUGGACGUUUUGUUUUUGCGAAUCUAUUUCAAUCUAUCUGUCUCUUUCGCUCUCCUUUUUUCCUUUGCCUUUCUUCUUUAUUAGCAGUUUGUUGCCCACUUUAUCGUCUUUCUUUUGCGUGGAAUUGUGGCUGGCCAACUUUUUAGGAAAGGGACAAAUUUGAUCUUCAAAGUGUAGUAAUUGGCAGUGGAUUUUUCCCCAGAAUGUUACCUUUGUGAGUAUCAAAAAUGGAAGGAAAAAGACCAAAGCAUUCGUCGAAGGGUUAAUCGCCCCCUUCGAAUAAUCUUCCCCCUUUGACGGAAAUAUUUAAACUACUCACCUACCUCGAAUCAUUAACCACCCCUCUAGCUAUAUUCCCUUGUUCAUCCCCUCCCUUUCUCCGUUCUCUUUCUUCAUCCCCUCUCCCCUCAGCAAAACUGAUCAUUGAGAAUUCAAGCUCUGACGCCGAUGAUGUUGACAUUGAAAAUUAAUCAAGGAAGCAAAUUCGAACACUUAAAAAGCCCAUGUUUAGUUUAUUUGAAGAAUUUAUGUUUUUGAUUUAAUGGCAUAAUAAAACAGAAUAUUUAGGGCAUGACUUCCAGUGAGCAAUAUUUGAAAAAUAUGGCCUCCUUCGAAUAAUCGCCCCCUUUUUUGGUGCGAAAAAAAAAGGCCUUUGUGAUAAGCUGUGCCUUUAUUCCUGACUUGCCCUCAGUUGUACAGUACGUGGAUAACGUUAUUCACUAGAUAAUUAUCUCUACCUAGUGGAUAACGCACGGUUGGUUUCCUUAAAAUGAUUAUUCGCUGGAUAGUAAUUUAGUAUCCGGUGGAUAGUACUAUCCUGCAAAACGUCACAACCAGGACUUGAUGUCCAGACCAUAUGCAGUCUAUAUCUGAGAUUUUGAAUUGAUAAAUCAGGUACUUUUACGAAAUUUUUUUCUUUCUUUAAAGAUAAUUGUUUUUGGUCGAUUGUACGGCUAAUUGUUUUUAUUUGUGUUUUGUCCGUUCAUUUUCUCUGCAGUCGGGUGGACACUCUGCUGCUGACCAAGCGUCAAGGUAAUGGCCAAAAUAGCAAUCCCUCAAUGAGUAUUUGUUAUACUUUUGCUCCUGAGAAAUACACUGUUAGCAACUUAUAAACAAUUUGGAUGAGAAUAUUUUUCUGUUUUGAAAAUACGCUUGUCCGACCAGGUCCCAGUCGUGAAAAAUUUCGUUCGUUACUGCGCAUAUUUUAGCUUCAAACGCAUAGCCAACGAUGCUUGAUACGGUGUCCGGUUGUCGAUAGUGUUGAAGAGCAACUACAUGUAGGUUUCAAUUUCCUCGGGGAAUAGAUGAAUUUAAGUCGGUCAUUGUAGGAUUAGCGUCAUGUCAUUUACAGGUCUGUGCGUUAACCGUUUGUUCUGAUUUUCUUGAGUCCUUUUUGCAAGAUCAGCCGUGUUCGUGGAGGCAGCGUGGCCGAGCGGUUAGAGCGCUGGACUUACAAUUCUUAGGCCCCGCGUUCAAAUUCCGCACUGACCCCUAGCUAGAAUUUUUCUCCCAAUUUCAAAUUCUUGGCCACCCUUGUAAAAUAGCCAACUGGUUCGCUUCCUACCACAUAUCUCUGAAAAGCCCCGUUACAUUUCGUUUAUUCUUAGUGUGCGCACAAGCUCAAAUUGAAUAUGAAACAUUGUCCUUAUAGCAAGCCCAGUACACCAAAGAAAAGAAAAACACUGGUUAUCUCCGAUCCUGAGAACGGACAAGAGAGACAAACUCAAGCCUCAGCAACAAUGGCAAGGAUAUUGGAAAGGUACAAAGACUUCGAAAAAUCUCUUCUGCACGAUGCUAAUGAAAUUCCUCCGGAUUUGGUAAGGGAUUCAUCUCUAUUGUUUGUUUGUUAGAGACACGUCUUGCCUUUUUUUUCUUUUUUGCUUUUCGAGCCGGAAAAUUUACAGCUUCUCUAUUUGUCAGAGCCAACUUACUCUGAUAAAAGCUCGUGAUUGAGAUAUCAGCUAUUAUGGUAAUGUCCCUUUUAAGAUGACCAAUGAAAUUCGUUUAAACUAGUAAGUUAUCGGAUGGUCAGUUCCUUGGUAAAGCAUUUACAUUUGUAACAAGAAAUUAAACUGAGGAAUGUCAUUAGACGUUUCUAUGUUUCUAACAUCAUUAUGAAGAAUGAAAAUCGAUAAUUGUGCCAAAUUUGUUAAAAGAGUUGAGGUUUGAAUAAAUUAGAUGGAAUUCGUGAACGCUUUAUUCAGAUGUAGAUAUCCUAAUAGAAAAGCUUCGUGCGAAUUGAGUCAGAUUGCUCGUUAAGCUGCGAUGGUUUGAGUUCCGGUUAAAACAGUAUUUCGUAGACAAGGCAUUCAAAUUUAUUCCCGCACUUUUUGAGGACCGAAAAAUUUUUCGUGAGGGUUGGUUUGUUGACCCCAUGUUGUUUUUUAUAUCUCUCAAGUCAUGUAGAUAAUUGCUCUAUAUUUUUCUUCUACGCUAGAAGUUGUAAGUAUACUGACGUUUAGUGUCCAGUGGUGAAACAGAUACUGAAACAGGUUUUGGGUUCUGAAAUGUUUGAUAUUUAAUGCCUUUCUUUCAAUUCAGGUUUCAGUCGUUUGUAAACUCGAGGGUAUUCGUGUAACAACAGAAGUAAUGGUCCAUCUAUGCAGUUAUCACAUCAAGAACUCCACGGAUCCUAAUGAUGUUAAAGGUAAUUACGCUUACAAAGUAAAAAGAGAAAUUAGUUAAAUAAGCUACAAGAUUCUAACACUAGAAACCUCUAAUAAAAAAGUUAAAAAAAAACAACCGCUAUUUUUGUUGCAAUCAUUGGUGGGCUCAUAAGAAACAAUAGUGUUAGUUAAGGCCUUGAAGAUGGAAGCGAGGACGUUCCAAGUUUGAUGUAAAUCCAGGAAACCAAGGCAGAAGUAGCAAGUUGCAAGGAACCGAGACGAAGUUAAAAGAGGAUUUCCUUGACUCUUUGUCUAAUUUGUUUACAUUUACGUCCCAUUGUAAACUCAAACAACGCAAACUCAAUUUCCAACGUUGACUUACUGCGACAAUAAAGCGGCAAAAGUAUGAAACUGAGAACAAAGCACGAUACAUGCAGGCGAAGCUGACUAUAUUACCUAUGUAACCUACAUAACAUUAGGCAGCCUUUUGGAUGUAAUUGUAUGGUUAUGAGGCUGAGGAUUCUGAUCAGUCUAGUCUGGUGGUGUUACUUGGGAUGGGUCCUUUGAUUUACUAUAAUAUACCAUAAAAUUCCGAAAAUGAGCCCCGGGGCCUAUAUUUUUCAAAGGCCCUUUUUGAGGGGCUUAUUUUUGGAGGGGUUAUAUUCGGUGGGGCCUAUGUACGGAGGGAAAUUUGCGUUUUCAAAAUCGAUUGGGCUAGCCUUGUAGUGGGAAGGAAAUUUGCCAUUUUUGUUUUGUUUUACUUAUUUUGUAUUCGAGGGCAAAUUCCAAGUACAAGCCCCCCGGGGGCUUAUAUUCGGAGGGGCGAUUUAACGGACGGUUUUUUGCGUUACGAUUUUGGGGGCCUUAUAUUUGGAGGGGCUUAUUUUUGGAAUUUUACGGUAUGUUCUUUCGCGUAUUUACUGUAAAGUUUGGCCUUUUUUUCCAAAAAAAAAAAGAAGAAAAUUAGGUGGUAGCUGGUAGCCUUAUUUUUGUCUUUGUUUGACUCUCAUCUGCGUUUCUUUUUUAACUUAGUAUCAGAUAUCACCCAAAACUAAUAAAGGCAAAAGAAGUUUUAAUCCAGGAUAAAAUUUUAAUCUCAACAUAUGCAAACACUACCUUAAUUUUAAGCGUUUUUUUUUUUCAUUGCAGACUUUUUUACCAGCCUGGAUCUAAGCCGUCUCUUUGCUGUUCUGAAAAAGUCUUUGCAAGUCAUGCUUCAAUUUGUAGAGGAAUCGACGCAACCGCUGGACGCUUCGAAGACUCUCAAUUCAGCGUAUCAAAAGCUUGUUCAGGUUUCAGGAGCCCUUUAUUGUAUGUCAGAUUUAAUCCAAAUCCCAAUGGAUUUGUGGCAGUUCUCCAUAUUUGUGGUCUCCAUCCCUUGGUUAUCGAGAGGAGAUUCUUCGUGGAAUGACCUGCCUCACAAGUUUGGCUUGUCUGUCGAUGCACUGGCCAGAUUUGGCCUAAGACUUGGUCCUUUAAUCACCAAGGAAAACAUGGAUAUGUGUCUUCACUUACUUGCAGGUUUUCCAUCAGAUGCUGCGCCUACAUGGAGAACUCAAGUAUUUCUCUUAGUCUUGGUAAUACACUUACGUACUAAUACUUUUAACAGGAGGCACAGGACGUUCAUCUAAUAUCUAGACAUCAAAAAGUGGUUGCCCUGUGUAAGGUAAUCCAAGACAGCCUUAGAUUCUGGAUUCCACGAUGUGUAUUUCGGAUUCCAGGCACAAGAUUCCACAUUUCUUGUUUCCAAUUGCAAUAAUUAGGGGGAUUCUGGAUUCCUUGAGCUGAAUUUUCGAUUCCAACCCGGAUAUAUGGAUCCACUGGUAAAAUUUUUCCCGAAUUCGGGAAACAGAGGAUAGCCUUACAUGGGGCAAAAGUAGCUUACGAAAAUGAGACUUGGUCGAGCUUUUGUAAAGUUACUUUUAGGUGUCUGGAUAUCGGAUAUAAUAUAUCUUUUCAUGACCAACAAUUCGUGAAAGAAUUCAAAGUUAAAAUUCGCGUAAUCUUAGGUUAGUAACAUCUGAUUACCUAACCUCCGUCACCAGGACUCGUAAAAAACGCUUGAAAGCUCUCACAUUUUAACGUUUUGCUUGUCCGCCAGGGCCAUUGCUUGCUUGUCUUAGCUAAUGAUUUCGUCACCAGAUGACUUGCCUAGAACCCUGCGCAUUGGACAAGUAAGGUUAAAAGGUACUUGCCCUGCAAGGAAAUCUACUUGUCCCGGACGACCAGACGGGACUUUUUGGAGCCCUGCGUCACUCUAGACGACUGUUCUCCUAGAGCAACUGCGCUGCCUGGUAUAAAUUAAACUUAAAAGGAGUGGACCUGAAAGAUUUUGUCGGACGCUUGAACCGCAACAGAGAGUUUAAGCUUCACGUAAACGGCAAACGGCAAACGGCAAACGUCAGAUUCAAGUUGAGAAUUUCUCAAAAUAGAAAAUGAGAUAAAAACGGUUCAAAAUAAUUCUUACGGAUAAAAGAUUGCGUAAAACUAUUAAUUUAUGUGUAGAAAUAGUGAACAAUAAACGAUAGGUAAGGGGACACUUGGUCACGUGGUACAAAUUCGCUUUUGCCGUUUGACGUCAUCGUGAAGCUUAACCUCUCUAACGACCGCACAUAACCGUGGGUGCUUACAAGGUGCUCUCAAAUUUUAAAGGCCAACCGGGUGGAUACCUUGUACAUGGUCAUAAGACUUUAAAAGUUUGACGUGGUGGGCGAACGACCUGCUAAUCAUUCUAUCCAAAUCAGCUGAACAGACUAAAAACGGUUGAGAAAUGAAAUUGCAUCUUCUCAAAUCGCAGCACAUAAAUUAUUCUCUGAAGCUUCCCAAGCGGAAUGGCGCAAACAAUUUUGUUUUUUCCAACCGAAAUUUCGGCAUUUUUCAAUGUAAUUGGUAACUACAGACAAACCAUGUUAAUAAGGACACUGAGGGGGCGAUAGAAAGUGUCCGUAUUAACGGGGUGUCGGUAUAAGGCGGGUUGAAUUUAGGUUAGGGCUUUCUUUCCCCAGGGACUAAUCGAACUCCGUGAUGAUGAGGUGUCCGUAAAGAGGGGUUAAUGUUUAGUUGUACCCUUGUUUCUCACAAGUCUGUCUCAUUCAUAUAACAGAAAGACGCUUCACCUGACGUUAAGACUUUGGCUUUGAAGUGGCUUCCCCUUCUCUUGUCUUCUCUCGGUUCCUUCUCAUUUCAUCUGAUGACUAACAUCCUUCCUGGGGUUAUGAGUGCUGCUGGUGCUAUUCAAGAGGAAAUUGCUAAAAUUAUUGGACCUUUAGCAUGCGUACUUACUGAUAAUACAGUGAUAAGGAAGAUGAAUAAUGACCUGUGUUUUGAUGACGCUGUCUGCAACAGUAUCACUUUUCUCUGCCCUGAUUGCGACUCAGAAAUCAUUAAGAAAAGAGGUAGCGUAUUUACUUUUGACUUUUACGUGUAUUGUAGAACUGUGCCAACUCGAACGUCUAUCAGGAGAAAAACUACGACCAGGGAGAGAAAAUGAAUGGUUCGAGUUAACUGCAGUUAGAGUGUAAUUUGCAAGGCUGGUUUUGAACCUCAAGAUAUCCUGGAAGUCGUUAUCCUUUAUUCAAAAAUACAUUAAUAAUUAAUAAAGAAAAAUCCAAAGGAAGUAAUGUUUAAUGAGUGUCCUUAUAUCUGAUAAAGACACGGCUCAACUUAACGUCCAAUUUUUUGGACCAAAAUCACCCCACAUCUAAAUGCUAGUGCAAGAAUGAGUUGAUCUAUAUCACAGAUUAUGAAGCUGUUCAAAAAAACUCGCAGUCGUGUAUUAUAAGGUGUUAAAACUCGUUUUUUAAACAGGACAUCGCAAAGUUUGAAAGCGCUACAGGGUCAGUUCAAUGGAGUGUCCUUAAGACAAAUGUCUGGUAAUACAUUUCAUUGCACAUUUUCAAGUUUUUUAAUGGCUGUAUCUUCUUCAUUAUCUAACAAAUUAACACCAAACUUGCGGAUUUUGUCAAGCUCGCUGUGCUUUUUUUGUCAGCGUGGGACUGGCAUUUCUGUUUAUGAGGGGUUGCAGCAUUGGUAUUGACAAUCCCAUAAUACAAGGGCUUGUUCCCAGUACCCCUCGGUUUGAAGCGAGGUAAUUGUAGCGAGUACAUGUAGGAAGAUGUCAUUAGCUCCGUAGGAGUAGUUUUUCUAACUUGUGGUACUUUUAACACUCCUAGGUGGCAACGAUGACAACAAACCACAAGCCAUAGUGAAUGCCUCCAUAUUCACCCCGUACCUACAACUUUUAGCACCCGAUGUGGGCUCCUCCAUCAAAUGUGCUUUCGUCAAGAGUAUGAAAAGAAUUUUCACUCACAUGACAUUCACUGCCGACUCUGCAGCUCAUAGUUCCAUUGUUAGUGCAACAUGUUUUGAUCUUAUCGAGGACCUGGAGUUUGAGGUCAGGAUGGCUUUUAGGUGAGAAGUGUUAGAAACGAAGUACGAAAUGGCUUCAAACAUUUGCGAAAUUUUACGGAAGAUUGGUUGUAGUGGUAGUAGGUGCGGAGUGUGGGGUACACAUUUUGUGCUACUCCCCUUCACAUUACAAACGUCUGUAAAACCUUACAUCAUAGCGGGGCAUCUCUUCAUCUCAAUAAAAAAUCUCUCUCUCAUACUUGGCAGCUUUACCGAUUUUGAGGCGCUCUUUCCAUUGGUGUCCAUGGAUUUACAAAAGUUAAAAAAAGCGUGGAAGGCUAUACGUCGAAAUUGGUCGUAUUUACUCGUGUGGGGAGUUGCUAAGAAAGUUGUAUGAGGACUAGACUAAAGGAAAGGCAACCUCUUUGUUCCUUGUUGAAAUAGAGUAUACUCUUCAAAUUCAUAUUGUUAUCCUCAAAUACUAGAAGCCGCGUUUUCUUUUGAUGCAAAUGACGAUUUUUGACAAUUCCACUUACUAAAUAUAUAAUAUUGUUUGCUCUUUGUACAGCACUGUGGCUCCUUAUAUAGUCAAGCCCGCAGGAUCAGAUUCAAACAAUAACAUGCAAAAAACUGUCAUUUCCAAGUUAAAGAAAGUGUUUGUUAAGGCCUCAUCGCAAGGAAACUGCAGCCUGCAGGAAACAGUUGUGUUAACAAUAGGACAGUUGGGAAGGAUUGCUGAAGGAGAAUUGCUAUUGGUUGUGAUUGUCAGCUUGCUGGAAAGUUUAACUGCGCACUCGCAACUCAUAAGGGCUGUUGCCUUCAAACAGGUAUGGCAAAGCCCGGAUGUUAUGACAUUUAUAUAAUAAUCUGACACAAUAGCACUGUCGCCAAGUAGUUAAGGUUAGCUCUGGAAAUUGGUCAACUGCUAGCAAAAGGAUUUACUUGCGCCCCCUUGGCAACUGCAUAACUUCAAUUAUAAGGCGGUUAUCGGAGAUUGUCUGACCAAACUUGGCCCAUGCCUGAAGAAAUCUUAACUGUGAUCGGAGAUGUUGUCUAGGCGAAGUUCAUAGUAAGUUUACGCAACAGGACAGCAGAAAGAAGAGCACGAAAAAACGUCUGUGUGACAUUCAAACGUGACACUUGGCGUUACUAAAUUAAGGUCGUUUACAAAAGAUCUGUUGAAAGCAAGGUGAAGUUUGGUGGAAAAAUGUUUUGAACGUAAUUAUUGUCACGCUUGUCACAGAAGGUCUGCCGUUUUCUUUCCGCUGGCGUCCUAGUGCCUGUCACAAAUUUUAAUACCAAAGACUAUUAUAUUGCGGAUGAAUACAAUCUACCUUGGGCAUGUCAGUUAUCGUACGAACGAUAUAACAUGCAUUGCUACGGUGAAGUUAUGGCAGUAACAUUAGCAAAAGUAGUCUGUAUAAGUAUGUUUUCCCUAAAGUGGACCGACUGUUUUGGAUUUUAGGUCCAAGAGGUGGCUAAGUUCCAGAGGAAGACAUUGAAGGAUUUGUUCUCGAGAUUCAAGCAGCAGAUAUGCAAUUUUGUCGUAGACGCAGUUGAUGAUACACAGAGACAGAACCCUACUUCUAAAGUUCCCUUGGAUAUUGUGUCAGAGGUUGCCAUUGUGUUUGAAUUCAGGGAUGUUCACUCAUUUUUGAAGGUAGAAAAUUACUUUCCUUCUGAUGUUGUGAUAACUGAGUCGUAAUGACCACAGGGUACCCAGAUUCACAACAACCUACUGGAAGCCAAAUUAUACUUACUAAGUCAGUGAGAAACCAAAACAUUAAAACUUGCUAAAAUGGCGUUUAUAGAGCAGGAAAUAGUAAGGAAACAACACAGACACAACCCUUUUUGAGGUUUGUAUACUUUAAUAGCUGUUUAUGUCCAUUGCAACCGUUUUAUCGAUCUUACGAUAAAUUCCAACACAAAUCCUUAUAAUGUGGCUGCCAUUAGGCUGUGGUGAAUCUGGGUACCCUGUGCAAUGACCCGUAGGGGCACUUUUCAUUUACAUGGAAAAACCGGAGAGUCCAGGUAGAAAAUCAGUUGGCUCGCGCCGUUUCGUUUGGGAAGAUUGAGAAUUAGGGGGCAGUGAUUUGAGGCAAUGCAAUUUUUCCGCUCUUCGAAGUCUGUUCAGCUGAUUUAUAUAUAUUUUUAGCAGGCCGUUUUGCCACCUGGUCAAAUUUUAUAGUUGUGUGUUUAAUGAAAAGAGCACAAGAUAUAUUUCCACGAGUGUCGUAAUGGUAAGAACCCAAGGUUAGUUGCUAAAUCUGGUUUGAACUGGCUUUGUUUCGUUUUUCUUUCUUUCUUGUAAAACAUUUACUGCAAGUUCCAUUAUUGUUUUACUCAGUAAUCUCCCAAACUGUUUAAUUAUUGGUGAUAAGGACGUUUUCAUUUUGAAAUGUCCAAUUUUCUGUCUCGUUGUCUUCUGUUUGUCAAGGUAAAAAAGUUCCAUCAAGAUCCUCAAAACGUAUCAUUGUGCGGCAAUUGUAUGAUGGUUUUUGUGCAUAUCAUCGCAUUUCUUUUGCUGUCUCGUUAAUGUUUUUUGCUAAGAAAUCUGGGUUUUCGUACACAGAGUACGCUGCAUUUUGUCAUCCCUUAUCUUGUCAAGAAAGCUUCGACUUCAUCUUCAGCAAUCUUGAGGCAUAUUGCCAAGGAGUUGAAGAUGAACAGACGAGAGAUGCUGCUAGAGAAUUUUAAGUUCGUAUUUUCAUUUCUUGUGAGGACGUGUUCACCCCCCGAGCUGGAGAAAGCUCUUGGAUACGUGCAGGUACGCAUUAAUUUUAUCCUUACCUUUACUACUCUGAGCCAAAAACGUAUAGUACUACAUUCGCACGUUAUCCGGACUCCGUUCUAAAGAUAUGAGAAAUCAGAUUAUAAGAAUUUGCUUAACGAUCAGUGUGAUAGGUACCUGGUUCCAUUGCAUUGGCGUAUACAGCAAUUUUCAAGUAGUUAUAAUGACUCCUCUAGUGGGGCUAAUUUAAGUCUUUACAGUGGGGUUAUUUUUUGGGGAGUUAUUUUAACUCCAAAAAGGAGUUUAAAGAACUCUUUUUCAGGAGUAAAAGUGACCCCAGAUAUUGAGGAGUUAAAAUAACCCCCAAAAAGGAGUUAUCCUGUACCUAGAAUUUUUACUCCACUUUCAGAGUUACAUUAACUCCAAAAAGAGUAAAAACAACCGAUGUAAGGAGUAAAAAUAACCCCAUUUCUGAGUAAUUUUAACUCCAGACUGGGAGUAAAAAGAACUCUUUUUCAGAAGUAAAAAUGACCCCAAAUUCGGGUUUAAAGUAGGAGUUAAAGUAACCCCCAAAAAGGGAUUAUCCUGUACCUAAAAUGUUUUCUUCAUUUUUGAAGGUUAUAAUAACUCCUCAAAAAUUACGGUGUUUAGGAGCUCAUGGCUGGAGGGCGCGGGCUUAACAGCCAUGGGGGCGUAACUCUAUCUAGGGGCUGGCUUUGCCAAAAGUGGAAGCUCCUGGACAGCUCUGGCACCCACCGCCACUAAGCGACGCAGUUAUUAACUUUGUGUACUCCUGUGUGUACACGUUUUGCUGUUUGGUAGGGAAAGGUAUGGUUUAGAGAUGAUAAUUAUCAUUGCGUUUCAGAAAGAGACAGAUGUGGAACUUGGAAGCUUGCUACGAUCUGAAGCUCUGAGUGUUUACAAUCAGUUAUUGCUGUACUUGAGUGUCAGCUAUGACAAAGUAUUUAGUGGACUGGCAAUGCUGGCUUUAAAGGAUGACACAUACACUGGGCCUAAAGAUCUCAAAACCACUCAACAUCUGGUGAGCUGUUAUAAACGCAACGUUUGCGGUUGCGAAAAGAAAGCCUGAAAAGAAAGCCUGUCUGGAUUCGAACCCUGACCUGUGCGAUACUGGUGCAGCGCUCAACCAUUUGAGCCAUGGCUCGUUAUAAUCUCAUAGAAGGAUGGCAAAAAAAAAAGGACAGAAAAAAAAGGAAUAUAUGAUUUCAUAUAGAAAGUUCGGUGUAAAAAAUUGAAUGAAGGAAGUUAAUCCCAGUCAUAGACGCCUAAAAAAAUUCAGUUUUUUAUUCUUUUCCUUCUUUUUUUGCAGACAUUUCCGUGAAAACAUUAAAUGAAACUAAUGAGAAUCGCAUUUGAUCAUAGACGCAACGUUUGCAUUCUUUUCUUUCUUUUUUUGCAGCCAUUUCCGCUGGUUUUUCUUGAGAUUUGCCAGAACAUUUUGUCUAUAUUUCUUCUAAUUUUUUGUUUAAACAUACAACAACCCUUAAUAUUGAAGGACUGGAAAACAGGCCAAGGAGAAUGUUCAAAGAGCUGUGAAGACUAGGGUAAUUUAUUACAGCAGUGAGAUGUUUUGGGCAAAGAUUUAAAAACAUUUAGUCUCAUUUGCGUAGUCAGUGUCAUUAAUUCUUUUCUGUCGUUGAAACUGUGAAUGUUUUGCUCGGGUCACACCUUACAUUAUAAUUUCCUGGGCUGGGUUGCUCAAAGCUGGAUUAAGGUAAGGCAGGGUUAGUUCAAAAUUUGAAGUUCAGAUAUGAAAGCUUAAAAAGCAAAUUUAAAAUAAUUAUUUUUGUCUACAAUUUGUUCGUUGAAUGCUUUGCAAAGAAUUACAGAAAAUUAUCCAAGAAUAUGCGUUUGAGAAAGAGAAAAAGAAACCUAGAGUACAAUUUAACAACGGGUUAGCACUAAUCGGUCUUUGAACAGCUGGGCCCAGGUGUUUGAAUGUUAUCUCUUGUUCUUACAGGCUAAUUUCCUUCAGUCAAGACUGCUUGGCAUCCUUGCCUUCUACAACACUGUGCUUCUUACCAACACUGACUUGGAAGAAAAGAAAUUAGCUCUAGAAAGUCUUACUAAGCUGAUGCAGAUCAUGGGUCCAAAGUACAUCACCACAGUUCGUGUGAAAAUUAUGGGCAUUCUUCGACUCUGCCUCAGAUUCCAGGAUAAGGGAUUUCCCGAGUUGACAUGUGAUGCUUGGGAAAGCUUUGUGCGAAAUGUCAAGCUUUCAAAUCUAGGGCCUAUGUUGAGUCAAAUUGUCGUCACCCUUUUGCCCUACCUGAACAAACUUCCGGCCAGAGUAACCCAGAUAUUUCAUUUUCUGAUUGUUGAAAACAAGACUUCCUUGCAAGAUUAUUUUCAUGAGAUUUAUUUCCUACCCGAUAUUCCUGAGCUUCGUAGAGUAAGUGCUGUGCUCAGAUCGUGCAGUGGAAAGUCUUCCAGGAACAUGGAUUUGCAAGCCCAGCUUCGACAGUCUCUCAAAGGUCUUGCUAAUGAAAGUGCAGACGUCCAGAAACACGCGUUAACAAAACUAAAGCAAUUACUUCAUGAUAAUCAGGUAAAUAGGAUAUCCAGUUCAGUCCGUUUGUAGGUGUUAUGUUUUUGUAAUAUAAACUAUAAAAUUUGGAACAUAAAGACGCGUCAUGAACCAAUUAAAAGGUAAAAGUUGUCAUUAGGAUUCAGUAUGACGUUUACAUAAAAACGGCAAACGUCAUUUUGUUCCACGUGAUCAAGUUUUCCCUUUAUUUGUCGUUUACCGUUCAUUAUAUCUACAAAAAAAUAAUCAUUUUCACGCCACAACCAGUUGCAAAAUUGUUGUGACAUUUCGACGGAAAACCGGCCUUCUUAACUUAAAAUCAUUGCUACGGAAUAAAACACUCACCCCUCCCUCUCCUCCAAGUUUUCUUGUAUUGCAAGGGGGAGGAAGGGAGGCCUAUUAAACCCAAAUAAGUUACAGUGUCUCAAGUAUUAUUUUUAGCACCUGGUUGCAGUUUCAUCCAACUCAAGUCCUACUUUGAGAAACUGCCAAAUUAGAUCAGAUGUUUGUGGUGUGCCUCAAACAUGAUGGUAAACCUCUCUACUAUGUUUUGCGUCACUUGCGUCGUGUUUCUAAAGUGCUGGUCGAUUGGCUGUAAAUACGUUUCGGCAAUUUUAUUUUUAUUGCGGGACUUGUACCCCAUCAAUGCCAAUAAUGUUCAAAUGCUGUAUAAUUCAACUGCAUCACAAGCUUUCAGCUCGAUCAUUCCUGUUUUCACUUGGCUGGACCCUCUUCCAUAUGGAGAUCUUCUUUUUCUGACAAAAUUUACUGCUCUCCUGUUGACACGACGUCUUGGGCAUAAUUUCCUCAGUGAAGCUGAAUUAGAUUUUCGGUGGAAAGUGUUUGUUAGGGUAUUCUAAAAACAGGGUAGUUUAAUGUCAGUGAUAUCUUGACUUGUUUUAUGAAUAUUAUUGUUUUCUGAAUAUUUCUUUUCUUGUUCUCAGGCAACCCUGCACGGUUAUGUCCUUAGCAAUGAAACGGUUGACCCUAUUAUACCGCAACUUAUAAGCGUGGUAAGUCUUGCUUUCUUGUUUUUGUUUUGCUGUUCCCUGCCAGAAGAGCCUUUUUUUAACUUGGUCGAUUUUGGCGCACUGGAGAAAGACUGCAUAAUUCGAUUAAGUUAUUUGAUGAGCUUCGCUGUAUGUCGCUAGGAUACCGUUUCCCAGGACUACUAGAGAGCUUUAGAUUCUGAGACGAGGGCGACUACGAAUACGAGAUUUUCCUAAUACUAAGUAUUGCUCAGGCGUAAAGCAGUGUCAUUUUGGCGGGAAAACUAGGCUUAGCCGUCGUCAUUCUACUACGAGUUUUAGACAGAAUGUCGCAGUGGCGGGAACAAGUUAUCAAAUGUAAGAAGUUUUAUCUUUUUGCUAUAGGGAGAGGGUUUAACUUGUCCUUCCAUAUAAAUAACCGUACUAACUUUUUUGGUGAAAUUUUUUAGAACACUCACAAAAACUAUAAGUUAAACCUCGUACUCGUACUCGUUGUCGUCCUAAAAUCUAAAGAUCUCUAUUAACCGUGCGCCUUGUACAACAGGCUCAGUCACGACCAUCAUCAGUUUAUUGAAUAAACGGAUGCUUGUACUCGAAAAACCAGUUUGACGAUUAAAAUAAAAAAAGACUGGUCCAGAAGUUCAGGUUGCGGCGACUUGAAAGGCUUGUCCCGAGAACCUCCUUUUCUCCUCCUCGAUCAAGAAGAAGACACACGAGGCUUUGCUAGCUGGGUAAUGAUGCAGUAGUUUCCCAAUGAGUAAACCUUGAAUUAUGCAGUUUGGUUGUGCAGGGGAUAGCUGUCAAUGUCACAUCACGUUCUUGCUGUUUCUUUCUUGCUUCGUGGUACAUAAUCGGUUUGUUAUAAUCAUCGUAAUCUCCAAAAGUGGUUGUCUUUCGGUUGCUAGUAGAGAGCUUUAGAUAUGAGGACGAGUUCGAGCACGAGUACGAGAUUUAACUUAAAGUUUUUGCGCGUGUUCUAAAAAAAAAAUACACCCCGGAAAGCUUCUUUUCUACUAUUUCUCACUAAAACAGUUAGUACGGUUAUUUAUACUGAGGGAUUUUAGCCCUCUCCCGAUCGCAAAACAAUGAAACUUCUUACAUUUGAUAACUUGUUCCCGCCACUUUAAGUAGAACUCUUAGUAGAAUGACGACGGCUAUCCCGUGCUCCCGCCAAAAUGACCCUGGUUCACGCUCAAGCACUACUUGGUGUUGAGAAAAUGUCGUACUGGUAGUCCAACUCGUCCUCAAAUCUAAAACUCUUUAGUUAUUUUCUUUGAAUAUUUGUUGCUUUCCAUAGUUAAUGUCCAGCUGUCAUAAAAAUGAUUCUGAAGCCAAGGUUCUCGUCGCUGAAUGUAUUGGAGAACUGGGUGCGGUUGAUCCUGGCAGGUGAGUCUUGAGUCAUGCGUUUUUAUCUUUAUUUACCAGUGCAGUCAUUGUAUUGAAGUUGUUUGCUUUCUGGAGGUAGAGGAAAUUCAGAGGGUAAAUGGUUAAACGAAGUGAAAUGAAUUUUUUACGCAGCUCACGACUAGGAGCGCAGGCGCGUGUUGUCGGUCAGCGGUCAUUGGGGUGUCUCAAGCGCGGUCAGCCUUGCUUGCAUCAGCUCCAUGAGCUAAGUACAGCGUUUUCUGGCGGUCUCUCUCUUCAUUUAGCCUUUGGAUCAUUCUUUUACCCCCCCUUCCGCCUAUAUUUUUCCACUGAUAAAUCAAUGUGAUAAGUGCCUGGUGCCAUUGCUUUGGGGAUUCAUGGCUGGAAUAAACGGGUUAUCAGCCAUGGGGGCGUAACUCUGUCUCAUUAGGGGCUGGCUUUCCCAAAAGUGGAAGCCCCUGGACAUCCCUAGCACUCACCUCCUCUAAGCAAUGCAGUUAUUAACGUGAGGAUUGAGUUCAUCGAAUCUUCCAAAUUUGUGGUUCCAGUUCUACCAAGUGUUUUAUUCCCCGUAUUGUUGUUGUUUCAUAUCGCAGCACUAAAUGUGUCUUAGUUUGAGUGUGAUUUCCAGCUUGAUUUGUUGUCUAAUUCGUGGUUUAGGUUGAGUUUAAGCAAGUUUGAGUUUGAGUUCGAAUUUGAGGUCGAGUGGGCGCUUUAGCGUGAUUGAAUUUCAGUUUAGGUUUGAUUUCUAAUAAGGGACCUUGCGUUUAAGUUUAAGUGGUUUGAUUUCGAGUUUAAGUUUCAAGUGGAGCUGGUAUUGGCGUUCGAGCUCGAGUCUUAGUUUCACACUGAGUUUGAGUUGGCAGCUGAAUAAUCAUAUUGGAUCUUAUUAAGUACGCUCAGUGCGAAGUGCUUGUACACGUGGCUGUGUGAAAAAAAAAAUCAUCAUCGAAAAAAACUACUUGGCAACUUGGCCGACUUGGCUGACUUCUUGGCCGCAGGAAUUAAAAGCGGUGCUUCGGUCAGUGGUUAACUCGAAACGUUACCACAUCUGAUUUUGAGGCUGGUUUACUAACCACUGGGUCUCAUUGUCCUCGUAUAGGUUGGAUAAGUUGACACAUGAUCCAGUGGAUGAACAAGCUGUUUUUGAGGUAACACUGUCUACAGAACAAGUAGCUAUAUGUUGAUUGUGGGUCGCAAUGUUAGGCAGGCAAAACUUCGGAUGACUUUAGAUCGUGAUUUGUUGUCUGUGGCUAAAUGUGCAUUUUAUUGUUGGCACGUAUAAUUUCUUCCCAUUUACGUUCUCAGUUCUUAUCUCACAUAGUUAACGCUUGACUAUUCAUCAAAACGUCGUGAUAUAGGCCAUUUUCCCGAUGACGAUGUUUCUCUACAGCUACCAGAAUUCAUUUCGUCUUUCAGCGUGCAAAGAAAGUAGUGUCCGAUAGCCUGGGGCUAGUGGAUUUUGCUAUCGGGCUAUUAAAUACUGCCUUUAACUUGCCCGACGGGCAAGUGAUAUUUUUUGAGGAAUUCGAAUAACAGAAGAACUAUGAAAUCAAUUCUGCUACUAAAAGAGUUUUUGGGGCUAGUUGAAAUGACGUCUGGGCUAGUAAAUGCUAGCCAGAGCUUGUCCAAAUGGCAAGCUGUAAAAAUGAUUUUCUUUGCACCCUGGUUUUUUCUUUCUUAUUUAAAUUUGUCAAUUCCACUGAGGUUUAAAAAACAAUAGCCUUAAUUUGCACAAGAAAACAGCAAACUGAAGGAUUCUGGUAGUUGUGGUAAAAUGACAUCAUCGUGCAAUAAUUGUCCUAUUGUUGUGGUUCUACUGAUUGUAGAGUGGAUGCGAUGACACGGACUUUGCUGUGGAGCUUAUAAAUCAGCUUGUUCAAGCAUUUCUUGCUGCCCACGAUACAAGAGCACAGGUAUUGCAGUCGGACUUUUUUAAAAUGAAAAAAAGAAAAAGAUGAAGAAACAUUAUUCCCUGGCCUUUAUGAAAGAAAACUCCCAAACACGCCCUUUAUAAUUUGUCCCCUGUCUUUUGGAAUGGCUAUUAAUUUCUAGGGAAGGUGUGUUUAAAGGGAUAACCAUAAAAUUAUUGUUGAUGGGAGGAAAUAAAGGCCUGUCUCCAGGGAACGUACCUAUCCCCAAUGCUUCGUGAUUAGUGUGGUUUUAGACUUCACAAUUGAUUCACAAUUGUAUCAGCAAGGAGUUUUCAGUCCCGUUAAUAAUUGGGGCAGAAUAAACAUGUCGCUGAUGUUUGUUUGUUUGUUUUUAAGGUCAUUUGAAUUAGCUUACAAACAUCGAACAGUCACUUACACCUAAAAACGUCAAAUAUAUAUAUAUUUUUCUUCCUUUUUUUCCCUUUAGUUUUUUUUGUCUUCAAGUUUUUAUUAAUUAUGAUCAGGUUUUUUGUUUAAGUAUUCAGUUCAGUUAUCUCAAGGGAUCUUGAUAUUAUUUUUUUACGUUUUAGGACUGUUCAGCUUAUGCCAUCCAAGAAGUACUCCUCACAUAUGAGUGCAGUGAAUCCAAGAAAGAUGGGUAUGUAAGCGGAUCCAAAAGUAUGUAUAUAUCGAACGUGGGCCCUUGAGUGGUUAUUCCAUAGUCCUGGCACUCAGGUUUCAAGAUAACAGUGUUGAAAGGUUUUAAACUUUUGAAACCGUUGUUAAUGAAGCCUCUUGCCGUGUGAGUAUUUCCCUGUGAAAGGUGUUAAAUCGGCUACUGGAUUUGCCCAACUAGACUUUAAACCAAAGUUUAAGUACUUCAAAUAUUGUUAAUGAAUUAAAAACUUCCUUUGUUAUGUCGAUUCAUUUCUUGAGAAUUUUAUUAUUGUUGUGUUUAUAUUUACCAAUGAAGGGCUGGCUAUGCUUUGUGGACUAAAUUUCCUGAACACAUUCAAGAACUGCUCAGACCUCAUCUUUAUUCAAAGUAAGAAAAGUAGAAUCUUUCUUUUUUAGAAUUUCUCCUUUCCAAUCUCAGCUUACCAGUACGGUUUACUCUUCUGUCAAUCAGACUUGCUGGUUGCAUCAUUUCAUAUAUCGCAUACAGGCUCUUUGAAGAACCGGUGUAGCGAAUUAAAAUUCUCAAAUCACAUCUUGAAGAAUGACUUUACAUACUCAAAGGAUAAAUCACCGCUGUUUCCACCGAUCGGUAACCACAAUAGCUAUCCUUUCAGAAGAGUGUAGGCUCGAUUUCCGUCGUCUCCCGGGUCCGGUCUUUGAUCCUCCCCGAAGAGAGACGGCUAGACUCGUGACCCGUUGACCUUGUCUGUGACGCAAUUGGAAAACUGAUUAUUUACGCGUCUCCGAUGUCACUAGGGCGGGUAGGAGAGAACGCCGGGGACGAGGUUGCGCUUCCAGCCGCUCUUUCGGGGCGAUGAGUGCGGGCUCAUUUUCCCGAACAGCGGCUGGUAAUCGAGCCUAAGAAGAGUGUUUCUCAUGUAUGAAAUACAAAGAGGUGUACAAACCAGUGUUUUCAUAAUUGUGGAAUGUGCUGUCUCUUAUUUUUAAACAGAUACUUAAGUUCUACCACUCCCAACUGGUCUCGCCUGCCGAAGCCCAUCUACAGAAGUGACAAGGGCAGAGUUUUUAAUGAGUGGGUCAGCACCUGGACUUCCUACUUGAUCACCAAGGUAUGCUCUGACAAGCUAAAGGAGCGAUAUAUAACAUGCAAUUUAGCCAAAUUUGUGCCCCAUGUAUUUGGCCUCUUUAUUUCGUGACACGUAAGAACCAUCUCUUUGAAAGAAAGGUAAUAAACACGGCAAAUACAAAAAGGCAGAGAUGGGAAUUUUUAAAGAUUCAUCUUUAUUGUUUGAAACUCACGUGGAAAACAUGAUACUUGGGAGUUGUAUUUGCUUAUCUGAAUUUCUUGCAUGGUUUUAAAAUCAUCGUGUUUAAUUGAAGAUGAGUUGCAUCAACCUCCUCAAAACUCGUUUCCUUCAUGGUUAGUAUAUUUUCUUCAGGUUAAAAGGCAAAAACCAUCGCAUAUGUUUCAAGCUUGCAGUAAGAUUUUCAAGGUAAGUCCACGUCCGUAUUACUGAGUGAACGUGUUGACGAUGAUGAUGUUCAUGUCGUAGAAAGUUAGAUGUCGGUGUACCAUAUACUAAGUUGAAAGUGGAUCGAACAUGUCAUUAGUGUCACCUGCGACCUAAUCAGUCUGUAUUUUUAAUUCAUUAUUUUCACUGUGUUUGUAUUUUUUUCAUUUGCUUAUUUUGAUUUAAGCAUUAUGUGAAAACCGCCCUGUUUCUGCUGCCUCAUGUAUUACUGUAUGUGCUGCUGGAUGGGACACAAGAUGACUCAGAGGAGGUAGGUUAUAGAGUUUCACUUGAUGUGCGAAAUGUUUUGAUGGUGGCUAUAAAAUACCGAAAAAUUCCGAAAAUAAGCCCCUCCACGUAGAAGCCCCUCCAAAUAUAAGCCCCCCCAAACUCGUAACGCAAAAAACCCUCCGUUAAAUUGCCCCUCCAAAUAUAAGCCCCCGGGGGGCUUGUACUUGCAAAUUGCCCUCAAAUACAAAGUUAAACAAAGCAAAAACGGUAAAUUUCGUUCCAACUACAAGGCUAGCCGAAUCGAAACACAAAUUUCCCUCUGUAGAUAAGCCCCUCCGAAUAUAAGCCCCUCCAAAAAUAAGCCCCUCAAAAAGGGCCUUUGAAAAAUAUAAGCCUGGAGGCUUAUUUUGGGAAUUUUAUGGUAAUUCGAUUAUUUCCGUCGAAGGAGGUAAAGCCCUCUCCCGAUCGCUAAAUGAUAGACCUAAAUUCCUAACAUUUGAUAACUUGUUUUCGCCACUACGACAUUCUCGUUAAAACUCGUAGGACGAUGGCUACGAUGGCUAUUUCAUUUUCCCGCCAAAAUGACGUUGGUUCGCACGCGCCCACUACUUAGUAUUGGAAAAAUUUCGUUCUCGUAGUCGUCCUCGUCUUAGAAUGUAAAGCUCUCUAAUAUUAGUAAAAUCCAACUAGUGGUCCAUUAUCCAUGCUGCGUUCUGAUUGGUUAAGCUACUACUAGGCUUUAUAUUAUAGCCCACUAGUAGCGAAAAGUGCGGGCUUUUUGGCGGCAAAAAAAUUAAAGGCUCGCUUUAACUAGCUAAACUUCUUUUAUUCUCGAUAUUUGACCUCCCGAGCCGACUGAUGAUCUCAACCCCAUUUCACUUGUAGCCUAUAGCAUAUUUAACAAUUAUUCCUCGAGCCCUCAUGGCCUCUGAGUCAAUAGCCCAUUCGGCCUUCAGCCUCAUGGGCUAUUGACUCAGAGUCCAUUUGGACUCGAGGAAUAAUUGUUAAAUAUGCUAUAGGCUACAAGUGAAAUGGGGUUGAGAUCAUCAGUCGGCUCGGGAGGUCAAAGGCAAAGUUCGUUUUCUUUGUUUAAAAACACACAGUGGCAUCCUAAGGGUGAAAGGUGAACAAGUAAAGUGUAAUUCCUGACUAUUUCCCAGUAGUUGUGACUGGACGUUUUCAAGUACUCCAAGACAUCCAAGAGAUACCUCCUUGCUGGUUUCUCGCAAACAAAAGCUGCGCUUCUUUAACAAUAUACGUAAUAUACGUGUUCUUUACCUGUCGUUACCAGGUGUACGUGGAAAUUAUGGCCGUUCUUACUCACCUUCAAAGGAAUGAAGAACUGCCAGCACCAUCAUCUGGUAAGCUAAGCACCCUUUUUUUUUUCCUAAAAAGAAACCUAGCGGCUUUGCUGUUGUUAGUUGUGCAAAACAGCAGUGAGUUGCACCGGCACCACCACCAACAACGAAUUUUAAAGACUUUUCCACGAUUGUGUUGUUUUUGCUUUAGAUUGUUUGUGGGCUUUGAUUACUUUUUUUGGGUGGGUGGGGGAAGAUCCGCCAUUCAAACAUUUUAGGUUAAUAUUUUUAGAGUUUAUUUUCGAAGGUAUUUCAAAUGAAAGGAGUAAAAUCUGCUGACAAGGUCAAGUGCAUAGUUUUCCGCGGUGAAUGUUGUCGCUAGUUAUCCCAUUUGUUUCUAGAUUUCCGUCAAAUGAGCGCCCAGACAGUGUUCUCAGCUCUAGACUAUUUAAAGCGUUGGAGCAGAGCGAGGGCUCACAGCCUGGCAGUUAAAACACAACUGCUUUCAUCAAAGGGACGUGCCGCUGCAUCCAUAUCAGGUAGAAUUAGGUACUCUUUCGCAGAGUAAUGUAGUUUUAUCCCAUACGUAUCUUGUACUGUAGAAUCUAGGCCUAUUUUAGAGGUAUAUACAUAAGUCAUCGGAGCGAACCAGUGCUUGCAUCUACCCACCUAUAUGCACCAACAGAAUGAUUUUUGACAACGGGGCUUGUUUCAUCUUGUUCUUUAUAAAUAUGCCGAUCAAUCCAAUAAUUUCAAUUUGUUUUUUUGUGACCUUACACUUCUUUACUCUAGCGUUUGUUAUCAUAAUUGACCUGCCACACGUUUAUGGUUUUAAUUUCGUAAGUCUCAAGGCCCUUGCGGGGUCUUUGGUUCCUCUUCUCUUUCCACCGCGAAAUCCGCUGUUAUUUGCUUCAAAGACCUUACUCAAAUUCUCGCAGAUCCCAAAAGACAGGCUCUUUUGCUAAUAAUUCCAGGUGAUGUUCCAUUUGUGGGAUUGCUAACUCAUUAUCGUUAUCGUUAUCAUUAUCAUUAUCAUUAUCAUUAUCAUUAUCGUUAUCGUUAUCAUUGUGAGUAUCAUUAUCAGUAUCAUUAUCAGUAUCAGUAUCAGUAUUGGUAUCAGUAUCAUUAUCAGUAUCAGUAUCAGUAUCAGUAUCAGUAUCGGUAUCUGCAUCGGAAACAGUACUAGUAUUAACACACCAACACUAUCACUAUCACCAUAAUCAUUGUCAUCGUCUUUAAAAUUGUUAUUGUUAUUACUAUUCUUUGUCCUCUAAAGAAAGUUUGGAUGAGCACAAGUCAGUUGAAAAUUUUCUGGAAAAGAUUCCACAGGUAAAUAUUUUAAAUGCGUUUACAUCACCGCUAAUAUUAAACAUUUGCGUUAAGAAAAUAUGAUUUCUUUUGUGACCAAUUACCUUUGUUGCGAUUUCAAUUUUUCUUCUGUUUUUUUUUUUUUCUGCCUGUGCGAUCUUCUUUUUGUUUAGGACGUCUUGGCUUAUGCGUCGUUUCACUGCAAGGCUUAUGCUCGAGCCCUGAUGCACUUUGAAGCCUUCGUUUCAAGCCAAAAACAGGAUAUACAGCAACACCUAGGAUUUAUUCAGAAGCUGUAUAUAGCUCUAGAUGAGCCUGAUGGCGUGGCUGGUGUAGCAGCGAGCAGAAAACGACAGCCGACUCUGCAUGAACAGAUUCUAGAUCAGAAAAGUUCUGGUAUGGUAAAUAAUUCUCCGACUUGUGAGAUUGCUGUAGACUGCGAACAAAGUGUUUUUUCUCAGGCUGGCGCCCUGUUAUUUUUGCAUCUCCCCUCGCGUUCUACGCAUAUUAUCCCGAUAAUACAAAAUUUACUUGUAAUAACCAAAGGUUACGGAGUGCGGGUGAUAACGAUCGAAGGUCAAAACGCUUUUGCUCCAUCACUGUGCUAGUGUGCUUUGCGUAAGCUUCACGUGACAAGUAGUCAAAAGACGCGUGAUCAGAUUACGUGUGAUAGAAGGUCCAAACGCGCGUGAUCCAAUUGCGUUCUUUGCAUUCCAUUCAUUCUUAACAUCUUAUUAAAACUUUAUUUAAACUCGAAGGGUCCAUAACAAGAAUGCUGACACUACAUAAAAACUAUAUAGCGAUAUAUAUGCAAACGAAUGCUGGCAACAUACAGGCGACGCAUGCGUAGUAACAACCUAGACAUUAGGAUUGCGGGCUCCUCUUGUCGCCCGCAACUACAAACAAGAGACUGUAAUCAGUGGAAGCUCUCAUAAGUGGACAUCCUUGGGACGCGGAAAAGGUGCCCGUAACUGGAGCUGGCGGCCGCCUACGGGAAUGUAAAAAUACAUAGUUUGUAUGGGAGUUCAGAAAAAGGGGUUUUGUGAAGGCGGAGGUAAUUAGAGCUGUCCGUUUACGAGAGUGUCCGUUAGGAGUGCUUCCCUUGUUGACGUAAAGUGAACAGCCCUUUUGGCAAGUUUUUGUCAUACUCUAUUUCGUUUUAGUUGAUUUUUACUUUCAUAUAGUCCUAAAGUGUGACGUCAUAAAAAAUAAUUUGUGAAAUUAUGGGAUUUGUUGCGAUAUUAUAAAAGAGCAACAUCUAAAAGGCCUACUUGCCAAAAUUAGCAUUCCAGGGCAAUUAAUAGCCCAGUUAUGCUCUGAUGACUCCAUGCAAAUCCUUCUAAAUCUGACUUAGUUCUUGUAUGGAGCCAUUAGAGCAAAGUGGGACUAGUAUCUCCGAGGCAAUUUGCCCAACAAUGUUAGUUUUUGGCAAGAAGGCCUUUAAGAUGUUGUUCUUUCAAUAUAUCACAACAAAUUCCAUAAUUUUUAUGACGUCAUCUUUUUAGAGCUCUAUUGUUAACUUUUUAAUUCGUUAAAAUUCGCAUAAGUGCUUAAUUAUUAUUGUUAUCAUCAUUAUCAUCAUCAUCAUCAUCAUUAUUAUUCUUAUUCUUCUUAUUAUUAUUCUACGUUUAUUCCAGGAAAACUCUGUGAUGCUUCAGCUCGUUACGAAAGAGCAAUCCAAGAAGAACCAAAUGAGAUUGGACAUCACAAGGUGACUGGUUGUAAUGUUAGUUCUUUUAUGGGAAAAUUAAUUUUGACAAAAGCGUCAUUUUAUGAAGCUAUAAACCAAACAAGAGUUCUAAUCUUCAUUGGUACGUAAUCUUUGUUUUAGAAGAGAUAAAGAGGUCCCGGAGAAGUGUUGGUCAAUAAUCGUUGAAUAUUUUUAGAGUUCUUAACGCUAGUUUGUGUAUAAUUAUGUUGUAUUUCAAAUAAUUUAUGUAUUAAUUUUGUCCAGGGUAUCGUAUUUUCCUUUGUAUCAAACUUAUUAUCGUACUCCAAACCAAACUACUCCUUCUUUGAAAUUUCGUUACUUACUGUCAUUCAACAAAAUAAUAGGUCUCACAAUCUUAGAGGUUUAAUCUAUCUGAAAGCUAAUUUCUCUUUUGCGUAACUACAUCCCCUCCCCCCGCGUUGGGUUAAAUUCGGUUCCUAAUCUUAGGUGAGGGUCAUCUUCAUAAAUACCGGUACUUUAUUUUCAUAACUUUUGGCUCAUGGGAAAAAACGAGCAUGUGAAAACUUGGUUCACUGGAAGACACGACAAAAUAAGCUGGUCAGCCCUUUUAGAACCUUGCGGUUUUAUUGGCGAUGAUUUCUCCUUAUUAUUUUAUGACCAGGGUCUGUUGCAGUGUCUCAUUGAUCUGGGUCAAGUCACCACAGCGCUUAUUCAUGUAGAUGGCGUAGUCACACGAAGGUUUGUUGUCAUUAAACACUGUGGCUAGUCCAACUUAUUAAAAGACCGUGAGAGACCAAUCAGGUUAUGCGCUUAGUUGAUUGACAUUUUUGUCUCCGUGAGUUGAAUGUUGCGACCUCAUAAAAUUAUCAUUUCCAAUUUUAUGAUCGUUACGAUGGUAGUAAUGAUGAUAACUGUAAUGAUAAUGAUGACUGUCAUACCCAACUUCAAGGCUUCUUAGUGAAUAAGAGGGUAUUACUCAUGCGUAACUUUUGAGGAACGACAAAAAUAUCCAAAGUAUCCAGACCGAAAUAGACCAUAUUUGCACCUACUGGAUACUUUGUUCUGAUUGAAAAUAUUGGCUCCUUUUUAAUGUUGCGUUGCAUUUAGAUCUGAAUGGGAACGAUCGUUGAAUGCGUACCGUGUGGAGGCCUCCUGGAGGCUGGGACAGUGGGACUCAUUGGAGAGUUACCUGAAACUGGUAUGACUAAUAACACGACUUUGCUUAUUUACUAGGAAUUCAUGGUGUUCUAUAUAGCUGGUAAUAGUCCAUUCAGCCUUAGGGGACACUCUUAUCGGCGGAGAGCUAAAGCAACAACGUUUUACCAAGACGAUAUAAGAAGGACCUUUUUAGGGGAUUAUCCUGCUUAUUCACCAUUUUCAUAUAGACCAUAAAGCACCUUCAAUGGAGGACAAAAAUCCUUUGAACGGUUAUUGAAAACCUUCCUUCCACAUCCGUAACUUAUCAAAUAUUCAGAUGUAGCAUAAUAUGCACUUCUCUAACCGUUUGGCUACCGCGAAUCGCUCUCCCCUCCCCCCUCCAAACAAUGUUGGGAUGAACAAACACUUUUAGGACAGGGUAAAGUGUACGGGGGUGCACAAACUACAACACUGCUUGGGGACGAGGGGGAAAGAGGGAAAAUUGUGUUAAUUGUCCUAAGAAAUUUGUCCACCAUUGUUGUUUACCUCCCCCACCCCCUCCCCUCAAAUUUCGCAUAACAAUUGUCUUCGAUGUGUCUUAACGACUGUAAUACCCAGGAGAAAUCGAAAACAAUGGUUAUGCAAAUUUUAGGGGGUACACGAGGUGGGUAAUGGUCUAUUUACAAAUGGUGAAUAGCAAGCUCCAGAAACGGUCAUUAUUUCUUGUUUUUUCGAGGAUGUCACAUUACGGAUCCUUCAAAUGUUUGGAAACCCAAACCCCAACCCUCUUCUCAAUGUCCGCUUGUUGGUAUAAGCAGCGUGUUUUUUAAACAGAGCACAGAUUAAAUGUAGUUUACAAUUCACACUGUUGUUACAAUUCUUAACUGAUAUUUUUUGCCAUUUUGUCAAUAGGAAAGAGGUGUUGGUGAUUGGGAUGUUGGUUUGGGACGAAUUUUGGUAGCUGUAAAAGAAAAGGUUAGAUCUCACUGAUUGUGUAUUAGUAUGUGUAAUCAAAUGGUGACGAGUGAAAUUAGGGAAUAAUUUCACGCGCGUUUUGCCCAAUUAUUAGGAUUUGGACAAAACGCAAGUGAAAUUAUUCCCUAAUUUCACGAGUAUACCAUUUGAUUAUCUAUUAAUAUCAUGGUUGACGAAUUACGUUAGCUAUCUUGGAUUUUUGAGAUGUUCGAGUCCCGGUUCGUAUCGAUCGAGAACUCCUGCACACUCUCGAACGUUUAGAGCUUAAAUUUGGCUUAAGUUCAGAGUUUUUCGACAAAAUACCUGUUGGAAUCCUUCUUGAUGUGCUCUUUCGUGUGUUCAGGUUUUCUAAAGCGUCUUUUUCUGCCCUGACAUCUUCAUUCAUGACAUUUUAAAACUUCGUCACCAUCUUGACGCUGAGGCGUACGUUAGGUUGCCAUGGCAAUUUUGUAAUUUGACAUGUAAAAUUACAAAUAAACGCUGAAAUUUCGCGCCAAAAUUAAGGAGUAAUUCGUCACCUAUGAUAUUUUAAAUAUUAGUAUCAGCGUAACGGGAUGGGUCAAGGCAAUGCCUUUUUGAACGCAAAUGAUCAACGAUUCUGAUUCCUCCACUAAAUAGAACUUUCGGGUCAAUUUAGGUUUCUGGGAAACUACCCACCUACCCCUCCCCUAAGCCAUCAUUUUGCCUUAGGUAAGAAGUAAGUUUUAAUUUUAGCUAAGGGGAGGGGUAGGUGGGCAGUUUCCCAGGAACCUGAAUUGAUCCGAACUUUCCUAUUUCACGUUUGUACUCAGGGACGGUAGUUGGUCAUUGAACGUUCGCCAUUUUAGAAAAUAGAAGGUAACCGGGGCGAGUUAACUUUCGCAAAGACCUCUGGGGCUGUUACUGGGGAUAGGAAAAAGAAUUGACAUGCGCGUACCCAGUAACGAUCCCAUAAGUCUUUGCGAAAGGUAAUUCGGUCCAGUCUCCUCGUUUCUUCAGUGUCAAUUAGGAACCAUUGUCAAUACUUAAACAGUACCUCUGCUGUUUAUAUUUGUCCUAGAAUGAGGCUGAAUUUCGACACCAGUUGAAGGUUGUUCGCAGUCAACAGAUGGGCUUCCUGUCUGCUGCAAGCAUGGAGUCUGGUUCCUACCAACGGGGAUAUGAGCAUAUUGUCAGGUACCCUUUAGUGCAAACGUCGCGAAAACACAAGGGAUAAUUUUGCAGGGGCUUGUCUCUUUUUGUGUUGGACGCUGCUGUCAAUCCGUUAAGACGCCAUAUUAUUGCAAGGCAGAGGUCCGAUAUGUCCAACAAACCCUUUCCUCCCCGCAAGAUUAUUAAAACUGUCGAAUCAGCUUUGGUUAAGUAAAACCUAUCGCGUUUAGUUCAAACAGAUCCAGCACUACAGUAUAAUCAAUGUUGGGCGAUGAACGGGCUAACAAUGUUGGAUUGUUUUGGACCAAUGUCGUUAGAUGAAGUUGAACAACCAAUGCUUGAUUAUGUUGGAUCAACAACAUUAGGUGAUGUAACAUUAACAAAUAAAGCGAUUUUAGAUGAUAUUAAAGGCCUACACUAUUGGUCCAAGAAGUGUUGGAUAAUGUUGAACCAGCACUGUCGGGUUGACUCGGGUAACGUUGGACCAACAAUUUUGAGUGAUGUUGGACCAAAAAUGUUGGGUGAUGUUGGAGCAACAAUGUUGAAUGAUGAAACUGUUGCUUUAAGCCUGUUUUAUUCUUGAUUUGAUUAUUACGAGUGUUUUCAUGAAGCCAAGCCUGUUAUUUAUCCUUUUAGAUAUUGAAAGCUAAUUUUAUUUUUCUGUUUUCUUUUUAUCUUCAUGUAAAGGCUUCACAUGUUACGCGAGCUAGAGGAAGCUGUACAGAGGCAGUUUCUAGUGUCAGAUGCUGCUGCUCCUACAACAACAGGUGUUGCUAAAGACUGGGAGUCACGUUUGCACAUCUCACAGGUUAGAACAAUUCUCGAAUAUAAUGUCAUCAGGCGUAGUUUAUAGUUGUUGCGUUGUCUGGUUCUCAUAUGCCGUCGAUGCACCUGCGACAUGGCCGCCAGUACUGUCUGGGAUACUGUUCCGAUAUAAGAACAGAAGUGGCCGACAACAUUGGUCAUCCCAGUCUUUAUCGCCGGCAUGCCGGCGGUAAAGCUCUGUGAUGGCUCUAUUUGCCGGCGGCGCAUGUUCUCAUUCGUCCGGGAAGUAGCUCAGAUGGUACCGACGGCUACGUCGCAGAUACAUCGGCGGCAUAUGAGAACCAGGCUUUACUAGUUAUCGGUCUGUAACAGGUAUCCAUCAGGCUGUAAAAUGACGAUAAUUAAGUGAAGCUUAUAAAACGACGUCACGUUUUUUGAGCUUUGUAUUAUGUAUUAGUUUUUGAUUAAUUGAUUGUAUCUUGUAUUGUUCGUGCUGAAUGACUCGUUUGGAUUCGUUAAGAGUUGUUUCUUUCUUCUUUUCUUUGACCCGAAAAUCCUAUUUCCUAUUUACUGAUACAGUUGUGCGAAGAUGUAAACUUUGAGUUUGUCAUCUUUCUUUAGACGUCUUUCCGUACAAGGGAGCCGAUCCUGAGUUUAAGACGCAUUGUUCUGAAACUCUUACAAAGGUAAUUGAGUUUGUUUUUCUUUAUUGUUGACAAUUCACCUGGGCUGUCUACUUGUAUUAUCUUCAUCUCCCUAAUCCGUAUAAGAGAGGAGGGUUUUCAAAUCUGAGGAAAAAACCGUAUUCAUGUUGUUUCAUACACGGUAUCCUAGAAAGCACAUUGAAGGAAGUAAAAAUGCCUAAUUAAGCCAAAACUUCUUUUACCUGGCAUAUUUCUAGCUCAGAGGAGCUGCAGAAAGAACAAGGUAAAAGCUGGUUACAGAGCGCCAAAGCGGCCAGGGCGUAAGUAUUGUUUACUCGCUUUAGUCAUGUUAUGAUUAACCGGAAGUAAGAACAGGGAGGAAAAAUAUAAUAAGGUAAUGAUGAACUCAAGAAGGAUUGAUCCAAAACAAGCAUAACCGGCUUAAAAUUCCGACAGGAGGCAAAUCAUUUGGCUAUUGAAGAUUCGACGAAGUACCCUGGAGUUCAAGUGUGACAAGCUGAUUAUUCAGUAGUCUGUUCCAGACGUUAAGAUAGUGUGGGUUGUGCGUGAAAUGAAUAGAAAAAUAUGUUCACUUCUCUUCACGCUGUCCCCACUAUCUGACUGUUGCAAAAGCCUUACUAUUUACCCAGGCUGUUUAGUGCGCUACAAGUGGAGUCAGUACACGUUUCUGGUAGGACAAUGAUCUUACUGUUGUUCUGAAUGUACGCCGAAACGUCUUGCAGCGAUCUUUGAAGAGUGUGUCAUUCCUCUUUCCUACAGGGCGGGUCACGUGCAAACGGCUGAUAGUUCUCUACUAAGUGCCAGUGCAUUUUCCUUACCAAGUCUGUGUAUUGAAAGAGCUAAAUGGAUGGCGAGUCAGGUACGAUCAUAAAAGGAACGCAGUAAUAAUAAUGCGCUCACUGCGAGUCUCAGUUGACAGGAUAAUGAAAUACGAACCUAGUAUAUGGCCUCGCUCUCCAUGAGUUCUCCGUAGCUCAGUGGAUAGAGCGCCUCCCCGGUGUUUGGGAGGUCAUAGGUUCCAUUUCUGUCGGGGACUCAGAUUUUUUUCUUUGUCUCACGCUCGUGACAUGCUGAUUAUUUCAUCUACACAGGAUAAACACCUCAACCCUCGUAUAAAAAAUACAGACCUUGCAAUUUGUUAUACCUCUCGCGUAUUUCUUUACCCUUGUUUAUGUGCCCAUGUUUGUUUCGUCCGUUCAGGGCGAUGUUCAUCAGGCGUUGAUCAGUCUACAAAGAGCAGUGAGGUAGGGAUUAUCGUCGCCUUCAUCAUCAUCAUCAUGAUCGUCACAAUUAUCGUAAUGCAUUGUGUUUUAGUUUUAGUUUCGUGUUUGUUUGUUCUUUAUUCAUUGUAGUGAAAAAUGGCCUGAUGGUGUUAAAAAGAUGGCCAGCAGUGGUGGUGCAGAGAGAUUUAUCCAUGCAAAGGUUUGUAUUGUUUUGAGUACUAUUUUCGUCGGCCUUUUUUCCGCAAGGAGGCAAAAUAAGCGUCGUAUGUUCAAUUUUGUGGUUUUUCUCAUAAGUGCUUCAAGUUGCUUUUGAAAUUUGUUAGGGUGAGUUACCUUUGACUUUUGUGACAUUUCCAGACCAAAACGAUUAUACACAAGCUAACAUAUGAGAUGACUAUUUACUGCUAUGUCGCUUGUUGCCUUUUAAUUUAAGCAUGCAUGUCAUGCGUUGACCAUUAUUUAUUUGUUUACUUAUUCAUUCAUUUAGGCAUCGUUCACUCUUGGUGCCCGGGCACGGUGCCCAAGUACAGUACCCACUGGGCACCAAUGUGAACACACUCUUUUUUCAAGCAUACCCACGCUAGAAUUCGGGCACGGUGCCGGUGUCCACUUGCAAGGUCUCGAUCUUGUGCUCGAGCACGAAAGUGGACACCGUGUCCCUGUGUGCAACAAUUUUUGUAAGCUCCGGGCAUUCCACUGCUUUGUUCUCGCUGCUCAGUUCAUGCUUCAAAAUGGCGUCUGACAGGGCGGAAAUGGAAUAACUAUGUACACAGUCAGUCACAUAUUAGGCACUCAAAGUGUGAACGCAACACAAUUUUGUGCCGGUACCCAGGUACUGGUUCCCGAGCACCAAGUGUGGACAGCCCCUAAGAGUUACACACCGGAUACUUAAGGUGUGAACACAACACCGUUUUGUGCCGGUACCCAGUCACUGGUUCCCAGGGACCAAGUGUGGACAGUCCCUUAUUCCUUAAUUUAUUUGUCCUAUUUCAGGCACUGCUUCUUAUAGGCAGGUGGAUGGAAGAAACAGCUUAUUAUGAACCCAACAGGGUCAUUCAGCAGUACAAGGUAGUACUUCUGUGACUCGCAAGCCAUUAACACCAGAUUCCUUUACUAAGUAGUGCGCGCGCGUGAACCAGCGUCAUGUGGCGGGAAAACGCGAUAACCUUCACCAUUAUUCAACCGGAUUUAACGAGAAGUCGUAGUGACGGAAACAGGUUCGGGAACGGGCUCAACAUUUAAAAAAUAACCGUAUUAACUUUACUGGUGAAAAAAGUAAAAUGAAGCUUUCCAGGAUGCAUAAUAAUAAGUCAAAUUUCGUCUUCAUGGUUGUCCUCGUACUCGAAACUUAAGGUCUCUGUCAACCCUUGAAGUUCCAAUAGUGACCAAUACCAAUUUUCUCCUAACGAUAUCCAAAGAUUGUCGAGAGAUUAGGUUAUGAGAAUUUAUAAAAUUAUCAGUAAAGAGAAAAUGCCUUGAUCUUUUAUUAAAUUCUCUCAACACAUUCUUAAAGAAAAUGUAUAGAGAUCAGUUUGGAGAAUUUGUAUGUGGAUAUUAGGGCGUAAAGUGUAAAUCGUAAAGAUGCCGAUAUCAAUUGGCUCCUAAGAAUAUCAAUAAGUAAUACAGAGAAAAGAGAUAACUGAUAAAAUGAUAAAGUGACCGCGAAAAGGAAAAUGCUCUUUAGGGAAAUUUACGAAGAUCGGUUUGGAGGGUUUGCUUGAACUUGUUUGGACCAGAAACAUAAGAUUGUAAUUAAAGGUUGUUGAGAUAAACGGGGUAGUUGAAAGGCAAGGUGCAACUGUUCUUUAAAUGGUAAAAUCAGUUCAAAUUCUUCUUCGUCCUUGAUCAAGUCCUGUUCUUUUUAGUUGAAAUUUCACUACGUUUUUCUUUUCUUUGACAGGAAGUAACAACUCUACAUAGCAACUGGGAAAAUGGUCAUUUUUACUUAGGAAAGUACUACGACAAACUAAUGGCAAACUGUACCGACGGAGAAGAAAAAUCCAGCAAACUUUCUGUGUAAGAAACCUUCUUUAAACGGUUAUGUCUUACUUGUGCACAUGGUCAAUGCAAGCAGUAGAGAGAAGUGUGACGUCAUGUUACCGUGGAAGCAAAUUUCUCGAUCUUGACAGCCAUUUACAUUCCAGAAAUUUUGCUACCAUGGCAACGUGACGUAACGACGUUUCUUCUCUAUUUCUUCAAGGGUUUUGUAUUGUCAUGUCCUUUGAAGGAUCUGUAUCAUGGAAUUUGGGUUAUUUCAUAGGCCACAAGGUCCUGGCUACCAAAUUGAUCAGAACGUAAAUAUAUCCCAAAAAAUCUCAGUAAAGUAACAAUAAUUAUUACAAACUGAAUCAUUGGAUAAUGUAAUUCUAGAGAUCUGAUUGGCUUAGCCAUCAUGGUAUAUGAGCCAUUAUUCCAUGCUCUCCAAAUAUCGUAACUGUACGCGUCUGCUAAAAAUUAAAAACAAGCUGAAAAUCGGUUGUUUUAAUUUACAAAUAAAGUCGGGAAGAAUUGUCGACAUUUUAUAGGCGUUUUUAAUAAAACAAUUAUUCCACUCGCGCUUGUCGGGUAUGAUAUGAUUUUAGCCAACUCGGCGCUACGCACCUCGUUGGCUAUUUACCGUCUCAUAUCCAACGCGCACUCCUGGAAUGAUCGUUAAUUCAAGAAGAUCAAAACGCAUUGCAAUUGGGGCUUUUGAACACGGUUUGUCCUAAUAGUUCUCCAGUUUUGUUAGCAUAAUUUAAAAUAACAUUGACUUUAAGGGUUUCUCUGGAUGGUCACGAAACUGCAAUUUUGUCAUUCCAUCGCUUUACUCUACCCCCGAAUAAAUUCUCUUUGCAGUGACUUUAUACCGUUUGUUCUGAAGCAUUAUGGCCAGUCUCUUCAGUUUGGUAACAAGUUCAUUUACCAGUCAAUGCCGCGCCUUCUGACCAUUUGGUUGGACUUUGGUGCUACUGUCUCCGACCAAGGUAAAGGAAAAUUUCCCCGCCCCUACCCCCUAUCCCUUCCUCAUUCACAAGCUUAUAAGGUGGCUCCGCAUAAGUAUUCCUCACUUGGUCCUUCAUUGUAAAGAUGAAGUCGAGGAAGUGACGCAAGUGGGUGGUAACCUUUCUUGGUGCAGUGGAACCUCGAUAUAACGAAGGGCCAAGCGACUGGCAAAAUUUGUUGGUUAUAUCGAAGUUUGUUUUUCAUAUAUUUUACCAUUGCUGGGUUAAAGAAAAUCGUUCGUUAUACCGAGGUCUUCGUUAUAUAAAGUUUCGUUACAUCGAGGUUCCACUGUACUUGCUCGGUUCGGAAUUGAGUGAUGCGGGAAAGAGGAUUGGGAUAGGAUUGCGUUGGACAAUGACAGACCAAUUCGCAUUGUUCAUUUUAAAAUAAAAUAAUGUGUUAAAUGUCUUGUACUCUUGCAAACGAUGUAAAAUUGUGCUAGUUUAAGAGAAAUAAGUGCUGGCCCUGUUAUGUGAUAAUAGAGAAUGUUACCAUUGACAAGUAGUGUGACGUUGACAUCGUUUUUACCCAUUGAGCACACUGCGAAAUCGUUCUGCGCAGCUGCGCGUUCUCAACUCAUUACGGACUUUCUUCUUUCUCUCGUUGUCAAUGCCAACAUUCUCGAUUGUGAGGGUUGAUGGAACAGCGAAGGUGCAAUGUCUCUUUUUUUUCAACUAUAAACAGAUAAUCAAUACAAAUGCAGCAUAUCUCCCAGCUAAGCCUUUGACUUUGUUUAGGACGCCUUGUUGAUUGUAAUAACUGAUUUUGAAGAAUUCAACCGAAAAAAAGAAUAUUACACUUGUUGAAUUCGGCCUUGUAAUAUUACUUUCAGGUCGCCAGACGAAAUCUUCUGACAGAGGAGGAAAACGCCAAAAGUUAGCGGAUUUUAAUGAGGUCUGUAAUUUAUUCCAGCGAGUUUUGAUUACGUUGUUACGAAUGAGAGCUGUCCUAAAACGUUAGUGUUUUAGUUCAGUUUAAAGUUUUUUGCCUUAGGUUAUAAUCAUCAUCGUCAGCAUCAUCAUCAUCUUCAUCGUCCUUACCUUUAUCGUCAUCAUCAUCAUCAUCAUCAUCAUCAUCAUCAUCAUCAUCAUCAUCGCCAUCAGCGUUAUUAAAUUGCCUCACAUUUAGUAUAUUUUCUCUUAACGUAAUAGAUUAUGGCAGAGUUGACCAAUAAACUUCCUCCGUACCAGUUUCUCACGGCCUUCUCUCUGCUCAUCUCACGUAUUUGUCAUGCAAAUCAGACAGUCUUCAAUCAACUCGAGGUAAGAUUUUCAGUGUAAGCUUACUAUGAAAAAAAACUCUGAUAUCUUUGGUUUCAUUCCACAGCUUUGCACCCUGGUUCGAUCCUUUCGUUCGUUAUCUUUGCACUUCGCUUGGUCAACGAUUUUCAGUCCAAGUCAAUGAUGUUUGGUGACUAUUGUACGUGUUACUCCGAGUUGAUACAAAAUGUACAGGAAAAUGAAAAUGAAUAUGAAAAAUAAACUUAUCCAUGAUAUCUCACAUGUAACGCAAAGGCUUCUAAUUUUCAGCGUCCGUUGCAAUCCAUUGUUAAGAUUAAAAUUUCCAAACUUUUAACCGCUCUUUCAAUUCCUGCUUGAAUCAUUUAUUCAGAAACUAAUGUUUUGUUUUUUUUUUUGGCAUUUUCAUAUUGUUGAUCACUUGAGCAAUUAUUGAAAAAAGAUUAUUUUCAUGCUGAUCUUCAACCUCUCAACACUUCUCCUUACUCUUUGUCUAUUGCCAGGAAAUCAUCGCCAAACUUCUGAUUACAUACCCUCAACAAGCAAUGUGGAUGAUGAUGGCUGUCUCUAAGGUAAACAUAAGGCCUGCGUUGCUGGCGGUUAUUUUGGUGUGUCUUUUUCAUUUGUGAUUCGCCCCCUCCCCCAGUUUUGACUACGCCUGUUAGCCGGAAGCGGGUGUUUUUUCUUACCAAAUUUUCGGGCAAAUCGUCUCUAUGAAAAUAUAGACGCUUGGCAAUCCAAAUUUGGUAGCAUCAAGGCGUAUUAAUAGGGAAGAGUCCCCAAACGCAUGACUAAAAUUUAUAUUUUCAGACUAAAAACAUUUAAAAACUUGUUUUGAUUUAUGUUAUAAGAGGGUGUAUGAUUACUUAUUAGGAGAUUUUUUUUUUUAUGAAAACGGGUACGUUUCGUGGAUAACCGAAAUCAAUUUAGCAGCAUGUUGAAGAGAAAAUGACAAGUUUACAAAGUUGCUUUUCUUUAAUUAAAAUUAAUAUUAAUAUAAAAUUGCACUUAACAAUGCAUUUUGGGUAAAUACCCUAUCAUCGAUUUGAAAUUCAUAGUUACACAAUUUUCGUUAAGGAAUAAGCAAUUCAUAUAUAUUAUGUUUUCUACGAAAACGACAAAGGAAAGAUGAAGUUGGUGAUAAAGAGUCUUCACAUGAUGUUUAGAAAAUAAGUACACAGAGCCAAAUCCCACCAUAAUAGUCAAAUUUCAUGUCGUCAGUAGUCUGAAAUGAAAAACGAACCAGUGUAGUGUUAGUGAAUUAUUGAAAGUUCCUUUAUAUCAUCACGAAAACACAUGCCCAAAUCCUUCGAUUGGGAGGCACAUGAAACAACAUGGGGUUGAGAAAUCAACUCUCGGAACAAUUUUUCGAACCUCAAAAAGUGAAGGAAUGAUGCGGUGAUCCAGAAACUCAAACCCAAGCCAAACGUGCAAUCAAACUUAAUUCACGCGAAGCUUUACUUUUAGGACAUCUGCGUAAUGAUCAAGCAUACACGAAUGCCGUCUAAUGAAUUCAUAUCUCAACUCUUUUUCACUCUUCAUAAGAUGUUAAGAAUGACGAAAAACGUUACUUUCUAGCAAUCGCCUGAAGCUAUCUCCACGACUUUUCACAGACUUUUUAAAGAAGAUUGAAACUACUCAGUAGUCAGAGGUUAAAUUGCAUUUAAAAACCGCUUCGAUUCAGUUCUGCAGCUAACGACCGAACAUAAAAAUUGUCCAGUUUUUACCGUAUUUCUAACCAUAAAAACUUCAUCCCUUUGAUAACGCUCUUACAAACCUAAACCGAGGUGGCUAUUGGAGAAAAGAGUUCUUGUGAAGAAGUGCCGAGAAAUACGUCUGCAAGUAAGAUAGGUAAUAAUGGUGUCAUUUCGUUGUUAUGACAACUCCGAUGUCAUUGUAACUCCGAUCAUAACAAAUUUUUAUCUUUAUCUAAUACAGCUGCGUAAUUUAUGUUCAAAAUUGUUAUGUAUCGACCCUGAAAGAGCCCAUCGAGCCACCUUAAGCUCCCUGUUAUGAGAAUAAGGUACCGUCAAUAAGGCAUUGCAAAAUUUUUGAAACCGUAUUUUUUUUUACCCGGAUUCGGACGAAGCCUUAAAAGCACAGUGGACUGCGGUUUCUGUUAGGGGAUUCAUUUGACUGGUGUGGACGCGGGAGGCCGAUUUGUUAAAAAAAAAUGCAUUAAAAAAUACGGAUUCGUGUGGGCCGGACCUAAGUGAAUGAGAACACGAAUGCUGUUUCAGAACUUGCCUUUAAAUAAUUAGUUAUUUUUCUGCUGCUCAAGCUUGGCCAGUCGAUCCUUUAUAAAACCCCGAUAAGGAGACAUGAGAACUCUCAUUGGAUAUGGCUGUGUUGGCCAUCCCACUCUUGAUCUUCGUCUCCGCAUCUUUCGCUUUCUCCUCCUUCGUUUAUUCACCUUCUGUUGACGAACGAUUUUCAUUAUAAAGUAAACAGCAUAGGAUUGUGUGAAGUGAAUCGUUAAGAGAAAAAGCUAAUGUCACCUUUACUGAACUUUGUGGUCUUUAAUAUUUUCAAGAUCUACUUAGGCUUUUUUAGUUGCUUACUUUGGCCAUUGCAAUGCCUCUUCCAGUUGAGGAAUGUGCAGUCUUUUGGGAGUGUUGACUGGUCACAGGGCUCUUUUCAGAAGCAGUUCUCUCCACAGGCAUGGAACUUUCCUGAAAUGAGUUGGAUAUAGCAAAGUGUGAAUAUAUAGGACGCAAUGAUUGCGAAAAACGUUAAAAUCCCGCUUUACGGACGAACACGAACUGAUGUUGCGGUAACUAUUGGAGCUAUUGGAGGAGUAGGUAUCUGCGCAGUUGGCCUGUGCGCGGCCUUCUGUGCUGAGGUCCCGAUUUCGGCACGUAGUUUUGACCUUAGAUCCUUUCGUUUCCGUAGUUAGCUUUCAGUAGCCUUAGAUUCCCGUAAAACGGAGCACUUACGGAGAAGGGGCAGGGGGGAGGGAUAAGCGCACCGUUGGCCUCGGGUUGGUUAGUGUGAUGAAAUCUAUUUCGAGCUAUGGACUUGAAUCAAGGAAAAAUAAGGACGGUUUACCUCUUUUCGCCUUUAUCGUCGCCGUGUUGCAUUCAUUAUUUGACGUGAGGUCCUCAGUAGCGCCUGCUUCCAGUGACUUAGAGUUUUUCUGAUGAGGUUUUUGAGUGAUAAGUGACAGUGCCGGUUCGAAAAGUAACUGGAGUGAAGAUAGCGAUUCGGUGGAGCCAGAAUGAUUUUCCUGCACAGCCGGCCUUGCCAUUUCACAGUCAGACUCUACAGGUGAAGACUGACCACAAGGUUUCAGGUCAGCGUUCAGGAACGACGUGGAAGAAAACGACUGCGUCAUUGCGGUUGGAGUUAGUGGCAAGUUUAUAGGAAUGGGCUCCGGAAUUUCAAUAAUACAGGAUUUUGCUGUAAAGUGUUUAGAAGGGAUUGUGACUGUCACUAUAGGCAUCACAGUGGACGAGUUAGCAACUGGGUUUAUCAGACUCUCUUCCUGUGGGAUUCCGACCUCAGGAUCUUUGCGGCUGCAGCACCUCUUACAUCUCUUUCUGUGGAGAGACAGUGUAAAGGAUAAGUAGUUUACACGAGAUGCCAACAUAUCAUCAUUAUCAUCACCGUCACCCUUAUCGUCAUCGUCAUCGCCAUCACUAUCAUCAUCAUCCUCAUCCUCACCCGGCCUGUCCGCAUAAUCUCCCAUAUGGUGAUCCUACCUAUCACAUAAACGUGGUCAAAUUAAAGAGAGAUUAUGUGGGCAGGUGGGUUACCUUACGUACUCGGUGUCCCCCACCUCCAUAUAAACAGGCCCUCAGUACCAGAAUGGGCUUUUGACGGAGGACAAAAACACUAUGCUAAAUCGCAAGAAACACUUUGCGCCAGGACGAAAAGCUCACAUUUAAAAGGGUGAUGUCCUUAGAUGGUCUUCAUACCCCAAAACGUUUCUUGCUUCCCAGCGGGGCGGUUUUGUACCACAUGACUGACCAUCUGCAAAGGUCCGCCUUAUAUGGCGAAAUUUUCUUACGGCUGGUUUCACGCCGAACGUCUGGAACUAAACCUGAGUACGUUUUACCCAAACGACAGAGUGGAGCACUAUACAAAAACGAAAGUCACGUGGUUUGGAUCCGCUAUAAAGUGAUCUAGAGUACCUCUAACUUUUCCCUUGAUAAAUAAACAAGAAGACGUUAACUAUCAUACCGGAAACAGUAGACGAGUCCAGCGGCAAGGACCACCAGAAAAAAUACACUACACGACGCAAUUAUGAUUAGAUUCUUUCCAGACAACAAUGUAGCGCUGGAAUCAUCCUCUUCUAGUUUUACUGUGUCUUCAGGAGCGAUGAUUUGUCUUUUUCUCCGCUGACGUCUUCCUCCGUCAGGUUUAUACUCCAACUGGACUGCAUGCUGAUUCCAUCUCAGCCUGGACGGAUGAAAUUCCUGGAUACUGUAGUCACCGUCACUGUCACUGGUCGGACAAAAAGUUUUUUCAGUCCGUUUAAGUGGUCGGCGAAAAAAAUUUUCUUCUUCUUCCGAUUUUCACGUCCGUUGGUUGAAAAAGUGUUAGAAAUAAAAAAUAACUGCUCCCAGUUUAAAGGGAACCUCCACUCUUACUACAGAAUAAGUUUAAAUCGAAUAAAAUUAUGUUGAUAAACAAAUUUGUUCGAAAUUUGUCUUAAAAAAAGUGUUUAUAUAAGGAAAAGUGAAUUUUAAAAUCCACUUUCAAAUUUCUGCUUUAUCUUGAGUGACGGUUGCUGACACAAAGGUUUUUAUUUGAAAAACACGUCACAAUUAUUCAAGAUGGCGACGCCCGCAAAAUUUAAAACAAAAAUAGGCGAAUCUAAAAGUUAUUUCUUUCGGAUAAAAAAAAAAAUAACUUGACUUGACUGUAACAGUUAUUUCCUGUGAUUUAAAGUUAUCUUUUUGUUGAAGUGGAGGUUCCCUUUAACGCAAGCGCCGUAGACUAUUGUUUGCUCCAGAAUGGAGCGGGUCUUAAACUGUCAAUAUCAGAGUUAUUUCUAUGAGCGCUAUUUGUUUGUCAGAUAAGCCAGUGGCCAGUCCUGCGCUUUAAGGUCUCGUUUUCCAAAAAUAACAGUUUGUGUCUCGAUUACUUAGUGAAGAGAAAAUCGUGAACGUAAUGAAACGCGGAACGAAACAUCACAAGCUUGCGUGUUUCUCUUCUUGCCAAAGUUGCGGGAUGUCUUUCCCGGCCUCUAACAAUGUUUUUGAAUUGUGGCAAAAUUUAACACUAACGUUCUAGUAGGUCUUACCUUUACAAAGUGUACUGGAAACAAGCAAAAACAGUAGAAACAACACAGGUUUUUUUCUCUCCAUUUCUCUCUCAAAUAAGCGCAUGUAUCAAAUGCUACUAAAGCAUUGAAAGUUUUAACAACUUACGUCACAAUUAUACUUUUAUUGUUCGAUGGCGCGCUUAUUUCAGCGCGCGCGUGCUGCUGUCGGUUGAUGUCGUGGAAACGAGGUUGGUUAUCGGUAACGCGGCUUAACUUAGCUUCCCAUAAAUCUUCCCCACUUUUUUUAGCUGACAUUCUUUUUUUUUGUAAACAGUCAUCGUUUGCCAUGAGGACAAGACGCUGUCAUCAGAUCUUCAAAAGGCAACGUAAGUUUUGAUAUUUAAUAGAAAAUUAUCAUCCUUUUCUUUAACGGGUCUACGUCAUUGUCAACAUUGUUUUUGUGUUUUCUUUUUCUCUUUCCAGCUCGCGGGAUAAUACCUUAAAGAAGUUCCUUGAAGUGAGUUGUUGGAAUAUCUUCCUUUUUGUGAAGUUUUAAAAAAAAUUAUAUACUGGAAACGAAUAACUAUAAAAUUUGUUCUGAAAUAUUUUGGAUGAAUCGCUCAGCUAUUAUCAGCCAAAAGUGCGCGGUUGUAUAGCACUCACAUAACUAUAGGACUGUCAAAUGACAAGAGAAACUGCAUCGUAGAUAUUCUUUGGCUGCAGAUUCCCAUCCCUGUUAACAAAGAGUCUUGUGUUAAAAUCAUCUCACCGAGAGAAACUAGGCGAUCUGUUAAUCACAAUUUGCCAUGUUUUUCUUUCUUUUUUAGGACGCUACAAGGCUGACAGACAACUUUCUUGAUGUAUGCAACAAGGAUGUGCCCAAAGGUCCCUCUAAAGACAAGCUCAGUAUGAGUCACGAUUUUGUCGUGCUAAAGAGACUCGUAUCUAACCCGUAAGUUAUUACAUCUGGUACUAUUAAAAGUUUAAAAUAGAUGAUAUUUAACGAGCUGUAACCCGAAAUUUACUUAAAUUCAAUAAACGAGAUGCCCGUUCCUAUUCUGUGUUUUGUGAUUAUUUAGAUUAGUUACAAAAUAUUUUAUAAUCGUUUCAGUGUGAUUAGAAUAUAAAGUUCAUUUUCUAGACAGGUCGGUGUGUAAAAUUUGUGCAAUUUUCACAAGGACCGCCUUAUAAAGAAUAAUUCAACACAUGAAAAUCACCUACAAUUAAUUAAUUAACAGAAGUUAACAAAUGCCUCUUUGUUUUCAGAAAUUUCAGUCCCAUAGUUGUUCCACUCCAGUCCUCAAUGACCGUCACGCUACCUUCAGGCGCCGGAAGUCACCAUGACCACAAUCCUUUUCCAGGCUCCUUGGCUUGUAUUAUUGGUUUUGAGGAUACGGUCAGUUCACAUUUCUUUAAAACAUGUCACUGGGUUGUGAUACUUUGCGUACGGUUGUCGAUAGCGACAACUUUUCCUUCCUGAGAAUAAGUUUAUUUUAUUUUCUUAACUAAAUAAACAAUACUUACUUAUUGAUGCAAGAAAGGUGUUUCUUUUGCGUCAGAUGGUUUAAAGCCUGGAACCUAGAAAUCUUAGGGGGUCGGAAAUUCGGAAAACCCUUGGAAGAUCCGAUCGCUUGUACGGAGCUUCCGAGCGCCCCCGAAGAUUUCUCGGUUCCAGACCUCGCACCAACUGACCGAAAAAUUUAAACUGGUUGUCAAAGAAAGCACAUUUUAUGAAGUAAACAGCGAGUGAUUUUGUUGUUGUUGUUGUCGUAACGAAAAGAAUACAAGUAAGAUUCAAGUUUGAAAUUACAAACGUGGAUAUCACUUAACGUGGAUAUCAACUGUUCUUAUCAUUGUUUUAUAGUUUAUCUUAAAUUUCCAGGUUAUAAUUUGUUUGUUUAUUUAUUUAUCCAUUCAUUUUUAAUUUUGAAAUUUCCAGGUUGAUGUAUUACAGUCUCUUCAGAAACCAAAGAAGAUUACUAUCAAAGGCAGUGAUGGCAAGACCUACACCAUGAUGUGCAAACCUAAGGUUAGUUCUUUCAGUGAUAAGCAAAUUAUUUUUCCUUUGAGUAUAAGUGCAUACUCAUGUGGGUACGAUACAUGACGGAGUAGUCAUGGCCUCGCGCUUAAAAUCCCCGGAGUUUCAGUGUUCGAAAACCUCUGGCACCACUACCGCUGGAUUUUUUUUCUCGGUUGCCUUAGUUCAACUCCUCAGCCAUCCUAAGCCAAUUGCGUGCCUCCUGCGGGAAAUGUUUAAUCUCGUUAUGUUCCCUUUGAAAUGUUUGUUUUAAUAAAGCGUUUCACAUUGAUAUAACCAAUGGUUAGGGAGUGCAAGUUGUGCUCAAUGUGACAAAUCACUCUUGCUCCAGCGCUUUGCUUUGCGUAAGUUUCCUUUGUUAGAAGGUGUAAGCGCCCGUGAUCAUAUUACGCGUCCUCAGCCUUUUUGGUUCUAUGCAUUCCAUUCACUCUUAAGUGACGUCCAAACGGCUGCGUGGGCGCAUGCUUAAUAGCGACCUGGCCCCAGCUGUUUAAAAGAUAGGUAGCGCUAUUCGAUGGAUAAAUCUCUAUCCACCGGAUAACGCAAUUGGUUUCCCUAAUACUGGAUAACGCUAUCCAUUAACCGUGGCCUGUAGAUUAGGAUUACGAGCUCCUCUGGUCGCUCGCAAUUUUUAAGCAAGUAGAUUAGUAGAAGCAACAGUAAAUCUUUAGUUGUCGUCGCAAACUUUCAUUUAUCCCGCACUGUCUUAACAUAGGAGGAAAACCUGCAUAUUUGUUUCUUGUAGGACGACCUUAGGAAAGACUCGAGAACGAUGGAGUUCAAUGCUCUUGUGAACAAGGUUCGACGUAUUUUGUUUAGCAUGUUCUAAUGCCCGGGUUCUGCUUUCGACUGUUUCACUUUUCUUUUUAGUCUAGCUAAACAUCUAAACAUUUUGCUCUCAGACAGUGUCAGUAACACAUAUUGACCGUUGUAGAUAUUCGCACGGGACUGGACGGGGCACUGUCCUGUUGCUUUAUGGGACUGUACUAAUCUCGUACACAGGUCUCACUCUCUCUUACGCGGGAGAUCUGGGUACGAGAUUAGGAAUAUACGUGUGAAAUACAUGUUUUGGGGGAAGGAUUUUUACUCAGUUUCCUUCGCAACUCCGUACUAGCCAAUGAGGGGGGUGGAGGUGAUAGAUGUGAGAACGGAGGUUAUAUUUCUACUUUUGCAAGAAUAUUAAUAAACCAAUGCGAGAUGAACUGUAGGUACUUGAGAACCGACAAAACUGAUAUGGCUCAAUUCCUUCUAGUGUCUGCGAAAAGAUCCGGAAUCCCGAAGAAGGCAACUUCAUAUCCGUACUUAUGUAAGUCUUUGAUUGAGAAGUACUGAACUAAGUUUUGGAAGGGUACGCACUCUACACAUCUUGCUAAUGAACAGUGACUAACCCUAGAAUUUUGCAGAAGCAAAAGUUAUUUAUUGUCUAACCACUGGAAGUGUGUCCUUACGUAGAUCUGGCUGACUCCAAAUUAGUGCUGGGAGCCGGCUACGAUUUCAUAAUCGAUCAUCCCAGUCAGGAAUAAUCGGAUUAACUCAAUCGAUGGAUCAUCGAUAACAAUCGGAAAAAGCUCUUAGAAGUAAAUUCAUUUUUCAUCUGUGAGCAAAUCAAAGUAAUUUAAACUUUUGAUUUCUUUUUCUUUGGAACACUCAUUUUGAUGCCGUGUUUUAGCACACGACAAAAACACACGAAAUAUAUCAAAAAAUGGUUGAACCGACGGAUUAAAGUGUCAUCAGGAUUUCUUUGAAAAGACAACACAACAGUUUCAAAAAUGUAUUUUUUAUUUUUCUGGAAUACUCGAUUGAUCAUUCCCCAUAAUCGAUUAUUGCGGCGCAGAAGGUUUUCGAUCAACGACCGAUUAUAAUCUAUGAUCGGCACACAAUUACUCCAAAUGGCGUUAGAUUUUUUUUAAAUGAGUUAAUUCGAACGCACGUAAAAGGCUUCUUAUUUUCUUAUUAUUUGAUUGUGUUUUCUUUUCAGGCGGUGAUUCCUUUGAAUGAGGAAUGUGGUCUGUUGGAAUGGGUACAGAACACACAUGGAUUGAGAAAUAUUCUCACUAAAAUUUACAAGUAUGUGUUGGUUUUGUCUUGUUUCUUUGUUUCUAAAGUGUUUCAGUUAAGUGUUUUUGUAAUCAAACCCCCAGGGGAUUAUUGACAAUUAUUGGACGAGGUUGAGCAGAAUUUCGUGAUUUGUCAGUGGCGGGCCGAUCAGAUCAAUUAUUUGCGGCAGGGGCUGUGGCAAAUAAUUGAUCUGCGAGACGCUGACAAAUCGCGAUAUUUUCGGCAACCGAAUGCAAUAAUUGUUUUACCAUCUAAUCACCGAGUUCAUUUUUAAUGAGUAGAUUCAGGAAGCGAAGCGAUCUGUCAUUUUCACGAAAGAGCAAUCUUAAGAAGGAGAAAAGCGCGGUUUCAUCUACGCCUGAGCAGAAUGUUAUUUGCAGCCAAUUCGUUGGACGACAUUGAGUAUGAGCAGACCAUUAUUUGUAGCCAGUUUUUUGCAAGUCACGUUGUUGACUCUCGGCCAUUGAAAAGGAAGAAAAAUUUUCAUCGAAUAAUAAAAAGCGUUAUGCCGGGUAGUUUAGCUACGACCGCUUCCUUUAGACAAUGAAAACUUGUUAUUCCACAGCGCGCGGAGAUGUACUGAAGACACGGAACUGUUAGUUUUGAUUUGUGUACAUCACACAUCUCUCUUUUUAGAUCUUUACCUCUUCCCUUUUUAUUAUUAUUGUUUUUUUUCUUUACAGGGAGAAAAACAUGUACACUAGAGGGGCUGAAGUGAAAAAAUUAAUUGACAGAGCGGGAAACAAACUGGAGUAAGCUGAACAUUAGUUAUUUUAGUUGAAGGUUUUGUGUAUUUGUCUGUAUUGUCGUCGUUGUUUUAAUAGGCGGUUCCGGUAGUCUUUAUAGUAUUAACGGUCGGGUAAUAGACACCCCACUCCUUGUAAAGUUCUUUUUUGUCUUGUUUUCUAGUGUUAUGCUGUUCAUUGCUAUGAUUUAUAUAUGUUUUUUUUUUAUUCUAGGGACAAAGUGCGCGUGUUCUUGAACGAAAUUCUACCAAGGUACGUGAAAAACUCCAGCUGGUAGUCAGAGCCAUCCUCAAGGACCCAGGGGCAGAUAGUGGGGGCGAGGGAAAGUCUAAACGGGCGGGAAAAUUUGGCACGAAGAAAAGUAAAGAACGGCGAGAAGAGCCCCUGGGUACAAUGUCUUACCAGACCAGUUCCAAACGGUCGCCGCCGUCCAGGCUUCUGAUUGGUGCCAGAAAACUUUCGUGUUUUUCUGCCCAAUCAGAAGCCAGAACGGCGGCGACCGUUUGGAACUGGUCUGGUAAGACAUUGUCCUCAGGGGCUCUGCCAUAUUUUUGCGCCCGUCUAGACUUUCCCUCGCACCUGCCCCUGGGUCUCCGAGGAUGAGUCAGAGCGGGACUUAAAGCCGGCCUGAGUUCUAACCUGUCUGGCAGACAUUUGUGUAAUAUAUGUAUACUGCGAAUAUGGUAUUCUGUCUCAUGAAGUUUGAGUAACAGUGACUUUUUUUUUCCUCAGACAUCCUUCAGUUUUUCAUGAGUGGUUCUUAAAGACUUUCCCGAAUCCAACUUCAUGGUAACUAUCGAGAAACACUAAGGGCUUCGGCCGACUUACUGGAGAAAAUGCUGUCAUUCUUGUUUUAUUCUAAUCGGAGAGCUUUGUAACACGUGAUUUUGCGGUUGCGUUAUAACUUAUCAGUUUCCAGGGAUAGUUGUACCCAGUUUUGGCGAAGUUUGCUCUUAUUGCUUUUAUUACAGUAAAACCUACCGUCUGUUCCUCUACAGGUACAUGAGCCGCCUGGCAUACUGCCGUACCUCAGCGGUCAUGUGUAUGGUGGGUUAUAUCCUUGGUCUUGGUGAUCGCCAUGGGGAAAACAUUUUGUUUGACGCUAAGUGUGGAGACUGUGUACAUGUAGACUUCAACUGUCUCUUUAAAAAGGUCAGUAAUGACUCCAAAGGAGGGAGUCUACCAAAACACAAUUUAAAACUCUCUCCUAAAGGGUACAUUAAAAAGUUUGAGCCUUUCGCAAAAUUAUUGUUACAAGUCACUUAUCAUGUAAUAUUCAUUCUUUAAUUUUCAGUAUAAACAUGUACAGUUUUUUUUUAUUUAUUAUUAUUUUCCAGGGAGAAACCUUCGACUGUCCUGAGCGAGUGCCAUUUCGACUGACGCACAACAUUGUUAAUGCAAUGGUGAGUAAACUUUUGAGCGAAAUAAAGUAUGCUUGGUCUGCAUCUUAAAAAGCAAAUUGUGUUAAUUCCUUUUAUUAUUCAACUUCACUCAGUAGAGUACUGUACAUACAAAUAACACCCAAAAUGAGUACAACCAUCUCAGUAUUUGAACCCCAGAAAACCGGUUGGACAGCUUUUCUACAAACUUCGCACAUGGCAGAAAAUGCAUCGUUUCCCGAACAAAAUAAAGGGUUGGAGCCAAAUUGUAAGCUUAAAUAAAAUCGAGCCUCUAGAGAGACGUCGCCUGAACAACAAUGAAAGUUCGACAUUUAUUAGAAUUUUUUGCAACAUGCAAACUUUAUAAGCUCAAAAAACAACAAGGAAAUUGAAAACAGACUUGAUCGUGUUUAAUUGAGAUAUGAUGAUGGUGGAACUCCGUGAAACAAAAGACGUCCAUUAAAAAAGAAAAGCUCCGCCGACGAACUGAACAGACUUCUUCUAAUUUCUCUACUAUGGGAGGAAACUAGACAUGGUAGACUCUAGACGUUCUCCACAGAAUUUUUGUUGUUGUUAAUCCUCGCGAAGUUGAGGUUUUAUGGCUGUUGUUUACGAGUAGCUCCUUGAAACUUCUUGAAUUUGUGGAAGAUUUUUCGUCUUUCCAUCGCAAUUUGCUCAGCUUAGUUUUUCUACCAGCAGUCAGUUUCACGCAAAAACCGUAAGACAAUCGCAAGGGUGUUUUCAUUGCCGUCAUCACUCUAUCAGUAUCUUCAUUGCUAUCUGCUUGUUUAAAAUAAAUGAAUCAGAAUGAAUAAAUAAAUAAAUUCGUAUGCUGGUUAAAUAUAGGGUGAAAGUAAUUCAGCUGGUGAAAUUGAAAACGAACGUAACUACUCUAUAAAUUCCAAAUAUCAAGUUCGUUAAGACACGGAAAUGGCAAUUUGUAUUUUGAUCCUUACUGUCAUUGACGGUCCUCGUAGCACUUAGUCUCCUUAGCAGCUUCUCGGACUGGAGUCAGGCAGUGCUCCUUGCCCCCAUUACGCGGAUAAGUGCGGCUGCGAAGGAGACUACGUAGCACUAAAAAAUGAUUGUGGUUUUCAGUUGAGGUAUUGGAUUUUUUUUCUUUUUUGGAUGAAGGGUCCUCUUGGCUGUGAAGGUGAUUUCCGGCGUUCUUGUGAAGUGACGCUCAGACUUCUAAGGAAUCAGUGUGAUUCAUUACUAACGUAAGUUAAUGUCUUAAACAAGAUUCAUUGAAUGUGGUCGUUUUCAUCAUGUCAUCAUCUCAUCAUCAUCAUCAUAUACAGGAGACAGCGUGGCCGAGUAGUCAGCGCGUCGGACUCGCCAUCCGGCGGUCCCGGGUUCGAGCACCGCUCGGCUGCGCUUGUAAAUAGCCAUCUGGUUGCCCCCUGUCAGUUAGGGUUUUUAAUCCUGUUAUGUUGUAUUUGAAUUAUUUGUUUCUAACUAGAGUGCCUGUGAAUAUACCUGGAUAAGCUAAGUGCGCGUUCCACUGUAACCAAGCCUUUAAACCUUUAAGCUUUAAUUAUCAUCAUCAUCAUUAUCAUCAUCAUUUAUUUGCCUUGUUUCGUACCCGUAUAAGCCUGAAUUUUUUCAGGCUUUCCUUUGACGACUGCAAAAAUUGCGUCAAUAAAUGCUAUGACCUUUCCUUAAUUCUGCUAUGGGUCAGUAAAGUUCAAAAUGAUGGGAAUAUUAUUUUAGGUCGUGCACGGUCGAGUCAAAGUUUAUUUUUUUAUUACACAGUGUUCUUCGAACAUUCAUUUACGAUCCUCUUGUGGAGUGGCAGAAAACAAGAGGGAAAGAGUUAUUGGCCGAAGCUUCUAAGAACAAAGAAACUGGAGAAGUCACGAAUGAGGAAGUAAGUAUUGAUCCUUUUCAUUCAUUCUUGCAAAAGUUUGUGGUGCGCAUAGAAGUAACAAUUAUUACUUCCGUUUAUAAUAUCGCCAUUAGGCCAUAGACCUUGUCAAGGUUUUCGACGCCAUCUUGACGAGUAGGCAAACGCGUGAGAAAUUUUUGGAGCCUACCUGUCCUAAAAUUUCUUCAGAGGCUUGCUCUAGAUUUUCCAUAUAUUUGUCUGUAAUUUUUCCCGGGACUUUCUUACAGACAAAUUGUAUAGAAAAUUUAAAAAAGUGGUUCUGGGUCUUCUACGCCAUGUAACGCCCUCAAUUUUUUUCAGUAGAAUCCUUUAGAAUGAAGCUUUACUUUACAGUUGAUAUUUUUUUCAGAACAGCCGUUUUACGGAAAUUAUUGGACAUUAGAUUCUCAUACAAACACUGUAAUUUCUCACGCGUUUGCCUACUUGUCAAGACAGCGUCGAAAACUGUGAUAUCGUCUAUUUUUGUCAUAGUUACUUACAGUGUAUCUAUGGCAGCGUUCACACUUAGUUCUCGGGCACGGUGCCCGAUUAGGGUCCUCGCUGGAAGAUCAAUUUAGGUUUCUGGGAAACUGCUCACCUACCCCUCCCCUGAGCCAACAUUUUGCCCUAAAGGAGAAGUAAACGUUAAUGUUGGCUUAGAGGUGGGGUAGGUGGGUAUUUUCCUAGAAACAAACCUAAAUUGAUCUUCGCUAGGCACGUAUGGUCAGUAACUGUUAUGAGUGUGAGUCCUCCGAUUUUAUACGCGAUCUCAAAUCGGAAACUAACGGCGGUUUCGUGGUGAUUGCUUAGUGAUCUCAUGGAGAUUUUCAAAUAACUAUGCCGACAGAGUAUUCGAUUAUACGUUUUUGUCAUAUAGCACGGUCCAAUCAAAUUGUUUUUUCGUUCCUUUAAAUGAAUUAUCGCUUCCUUCGUCGAUAUUUACUUAUCGUGGUGUUUAUAAGUCUUAACUUAUGCUACUUAAAUAAGUAUUGCGUCUUCCACCAUGUAUUCAUAAGAAGUUCCUCUUGUAAAAACUCCGUAAGAUUCCAAUAGCUUUCUCUGUGAAGGGCUAACUUACCCCGUUAUUAUUUUGAGUAUAGGGCCCUGUUCACACUACGCAAAAAUUCUGUCAAAAGGAAGCCAUUUCUUGUGCGAACGGUUUUUUUCACCGACCAAAAUUUUGUCAACUGUCACCUAAGUUCAAAGACGCCGUCUAGAAGAUUUGGAGCCCUCCCUUUUUUUUUUGGGCAGGGUCACCUUCUUUCGCGAACAUGACCAAUUAAAGUUCCUUUAAUUGACAUCUCUAGUUAGACGAAAAAUUUCGCUUGUCUCAGAUGCGAGCGAGGUUGCAAAAACAAAAAAUUGGUGCUUACAAAAUUUUCAAAUUUUUGCAGACGCCAAACUUUUUUUGUUUUUGUAGUAGUGCGAACAGGGCCUAAGAUUAAAAGUAUCCUGUCUACCUAGGGUGUGAAGAUAUUGAAAGAUAUCGACAAGCGAUUUAAAGGUUUUGAGGGGAGCAACAGGAUCAUGAUACCUUUGUCAAUAGAGGGACAUGUUCAUUAUCUUAUCAAUGUGAGUUUUAGUUUUCUUUUUUCAUUAUUAUUAUUAUUAUUAUUAUUAUUGCUACUACUACUAUUACUGUUACUAUUAUUUGGCAACUCUCUUAUCUACAAUUUCAUUCAUAUCUACAUUUUCAUUCAUAGCAUUUGCGCGCGAAAAAUACUAUCCACCGUUUUAGUAUAUACUAAAUUGUUUUGUUGGUGAGUGGGAUGCGGGAUGAGGCGAGGAAAUUUUGACCCGUUUAUCUGCCCAGCCUCCCCAAAACAGUCCCGGGGUCCAACUCGACUUAAAAUAUAUAUAUAUUUUUUGUUCACCACAAUGAACGGACGUGACGUCUUGUGUUUUUGCACUUGUUCGCUCAAUGUCACCCCAUCACGUGCCUUUCCUAUGUCCCUGUACUUUUGCACAGCAUAGUUGUUGGCUUCACACUAGAAGCGAAGUUAAUUUAAAGUAAGUAUUUGAUUCAAGUGCUCUUGGAAAUCUUAAGUCGCUCUGUAGAAAACAUGGCUCCACAGUUGUUGACAAAGUAUAUUACUUGAAGUAAGGCUGUUAAUCUCUCCGUUCUUGGAACCGCUGCACGUACACGUCGUGCACAUGGCUUCUAUUUCUUAUUGGUGAAGUGUGUUCUCAAGUGUGGUGUAGCCCAUACUUGGCGGCGAACUUCGGUUUCUUUGAACUACGAACGUUUCCAUGGUCACCAAGUAAAGUUGAAGUAGGUACAUGUUACCCCUUCACACUCAAAGACGGUUGCAAGUACACUUACAUUAUACUUGAAGCUCUAGUGUGAAGCCAGCAAGUAUAACAACGUUUUACCGUAUCACGUGAAUGUCAAAAAAAGUAGAAGGAUGUUCACUGAGUGAGCACAUCGUAUUUCUUACAUGUGAUAGGCUAACCUCUCUUUUUAAUUCCGAUCUUUGCUUCUAUUGGUUUUUGCAGGAAGCCACAAGUGCUGAAAACUUGAGUCGCAUGUACAUUGGCUGGGCGCCGUACCUUUAAAUUGAGAGGGAAGCAAAUUAGUGGCCCCAAGGAAUUCAGUCAGAGUUACUCUUUGCGUUGACUUUUAUAAACAAGCGCUAGAAAGUAGACAACACUACCGAAACAGGAUACAUUUCAGUGUGCCAAAUAAAUAAGAUACCUUAUUUGCGUUUGUUUGUUCGUUUGGUUAUUUUCUCAGUCUAUUAAAGUAGACAAUUUUGAUAAACUCAUCCAAAACAAAUAACAAACAAGAGGAGAUUUCUUAUGGCGCUUACCAGUCAUUUUCAAUAUGAAAUAUUAGUCUUCCUUAAAUGUUUUACUAAAACCCUUUACUUACAGCCGUGCAAGAAAUAAUCUGACCUGGCUGGAUAGCCUGUGUACAGACCCUCCCCUCCC